GAGGCGCGCCUGCGCUGGGGGCCGGGCUGCGCCUCGCCCGCCCGCCCGCCAAGUUGUCCGAGGGGCCGCGGAAGAAGCAGGCGAAGUUGGCGUCGCGGCCGCGCGGAGGCUGAAGGGGGCGGCGGGGGCCGCGCUGCUGGCGGGUUGGGCGCCGGCCAUGGCGUUCCGCAGGCGGGCCAAAAGCCACCCGCUCUUCAGCCAGGAGUUCCUCAUCCACAACCACGCCGACGUGGGCUUCUGCCUGGUGCUCUGCGUCCUCGUCGCGCUCAUGUUCGAGGUGAGCCUCCGGCCGCGGGACCCCACCUCCUCCUCCGGGCUCCCCGGCAGGGAGCUGCUGCUUCCAGCGGAGGAGGAGGAGGAGGAGCCCCUUCCGAGGUGAAAGCCACUCCUCGCGCUGUCCCGGCCCUUUGGGACACAUCCCGCCCCCGCCAAACAAACCCUACUUUUCCUUAAGCGCUCCGAUUCACGGGUGUCCCAAACGGGAGCCUGUCCCCGUGCGCUUCCGACGGCGCUCCCUCUCUCUCCCCCCCGGGAGCCCACGAGCUUCCUUCCUGCUCUUGCAUCCGCGCCCGGUCCUGCUAGCGGGGCCGCCGUCCAGGGGUCAGCUGUGCCGGGCAGCUGCCCCUCAGCCCCCCCGGCGUUGGCUCUUGGCGACCUGCCGCGCAGGAGGAGACCCGUCGGGGGCGCCGCCUCUCUCGCCCGCGGCAGGAAACGCGGCCUCCUCCUUCUCCCACCCGAGGCAGGCGAGCGGCUGGCAGCUCCAAGGAGCAGCGGAGGAGGAGGCUGCUUCCCCGACGGCUUGGAGAAUAUGGGCCUCGGUGGGGCUGGGCACCUGGAACAGAGGAAGCUGCCCGUACCGAGUCGGACCCUUUGGAGCGCCGGGCUCAGCACGGUCCACACCGACUGGUAGAGGCAUAGCUCGGCUCCCUCUGGCCAUUGGCAAGGAAUCAUGGAAUGGUAGAGUUGGAAGGGACCCGAGGGUCAUCUAGUCCAACCCCCUGCAAUUCAGGAAUAUCAGCUGAAGCAUAUAUGGCAGAUGUAUCCAUGUGGAGAGGUGCAGUUACCACGCCCCCUGGGCCUGCACCCUGGCGGGGGUCAAUCUGGCCAACCCCAUAAGUACACAUCUUUCAGCCACUGCCUGCUUCUUGGGUGCUUCUUUCCUCUGCAAGCAAACCGGCGGCAGCAGUGAGGAGGAGGAGGAGGAGGAAGAGGAGUCUCUGGUGACCCGUCUUGGCAAGACGACUAAAUUCAUUGUGCCUGUUGCUGCUUGCCGUUUCCGGCUCAGGGGAGCAAGCAGCAAGCCACUGCCCCUGUUUCCUUGCCCUCCACCUCUGGGCAGUAGGGCCCAAUCCAGCAGCACUUGCAGCUCGCAGAGAGCGUGCAGAGGCAGUUUGGGCUGCUGCUCCCUUUAUAAAGGUAAAGGGACCCCUGACCGUUAGGUCCAGCUGUGGCCGACUCUGGAGUUGCGGCGCUCAUCUCGCUUUAUUGGCCAAGGGAGCCGGCGUACAGCUUCUGGGUCAUGUGGCCAGCAUGACUAAGCCACUUUUGGCGAACCAGAGCAGCACACGGAAACACUGUUUACCUUCCCACUGGAGUUGUACCUAUUUAUCUACUUGCACUUUGACGUGCUUUUGAACUGCUAGGUUGGCAGGAGCAGGGACUGAGCAACGGGAGCUCACCCCGUCAUUGCGGGGAUUCGAACCGCCGACCUUCUGAUUGGCAAGUUAAACCACAGAGCCACCCGCGUCCCUUGCUCCUUUUAUACCUGCCUGCAUUUUCCAAGUCAAGGCAAGGGAGCAGCAAGGAGGGGGAGCAGAGUCUGCUGUUACUCAGAGCAGUUGGUUGCCUUUGGUUGGCAGUUUGAGAAAGACAGGGUUCUCUGUGCCCCCCCUAACGACCCAUUGAGAAAGAGAGCACAGAGGAUGAGCGAGGAGGAAGGUACCUGGGGUCUGGCGCUAUCCUCCCUGCUGUGCUGCCAGGAGGCGGAGGGAGCCCUGGCUGCUCCUUGGGUCCUGUCUUCUGUCUCCCUGGGCAGUUGAGAUCAGGGGCACCUGGGCCAGGCCUCUCUGCCAUGCUGCCCAGUGGAGAAGGCCAAGAGAGGGAAGGAAACAGAAGCUUCUGCUUAGUCUUCCUGGCAUAGAACAGCAGGCACAAUCACCACAUCAAACUCACAUCUCCCCCACCCCCAGCAUCCUGGACCCUGUGCUGUUCCGGAGACACACUUUGCUCAUCCUUGUAUAACUUCAAUUCCCUUUUGCUAAUUGGCGGCUGUUUAAGGCAUCCCUUUUAAUACCAAAGUGUUUGCCUACUCUGCAGAUAAUUCUUCUUCUCUUAGCCUCUUCUUACCUGUGGGCGUCUUGUUCCUUUUAGUUUUCCUCUGAAAUCUCUCAUCGGUGUCCAGAAGCAGACAGAGAGCAUUGCUAUGCUGGAGCCAUAGAAUUUAUGCCACACUAUCACUGUAACAGGGGACGUGGGUGGUGCUGUGGGUUAACCACAGACCCUAGGACUUGCCGAUCAGAAGGUCAGCGGUUCAAAUCCCCGCGACGGGGUGAGCUCCCGUUGCUCGGUCCCAGCUCCUGCCAACCUAGCAGAUCGAAAGCACAUCAAAGUGCAAGUAGAUAAAUAGGUACCACUCUGGCGGGAAGGUAAAUGGUGUUUCCAUGCGCUGCUCUGGUUCGCCAGAAGCGGUUUAGUCAUGCUGGCCACAUGACCCGGAAGCUGUCUGUGGACAAGUGCCAGCUCCCUCGGCCAAUAAAGCGAGAUGAGCGCCGCAACUCCAGAGUCGGUCACGACUUUACCUAAUGGUCAGGGGUCCCUUUACCUUUAUCACUGUAACAUGGAAUAGCCCUAUCAAACUCCCACCACUCCAGUCCCUAGGCCUGUCGUUUUGUCACUGUCUGGUGGCAUGAUCUAUGCACUUUCUAACACGGUCCCAGGGAAACCUUUGCAUCCUCAGAAGUUGUUCAGAGGUUUCUCAGUGAGAGUAUUAAUCAUGAAACCCCUGCUCCCCUGGAACUCUGAUUGCUCCCUACAGCCGUUGGGGAUGCAUUCUGCACUGUGCUCUUGUAGCAUCCUUUAUGAACUCUGUGCCUUAGGACAUUCCUGAGCAGAUAAAUGAACAUGAAAGAGAUUCCUUGAGGCUAAAAAGUUUCUGAACAGCAGGGCUCUCUCUCCACUCCUUUACAUGGGGGAGCAACUGUUUGGAUAGCCCUCUUAGAGGGGGUGGGUGGGUGGGUGGGUGAAGUGAGAAAUGUGGAAAAUAUCUGCUAAUGUAUGGUGCUAUCCAAGAGAGCCUUGCAUGGUUCACCUCAUGAGGACACUUAACAGCUUUCUUUUUCUUCUUGGGCUAAUGUGGUGUAAUCUGAUGCUUCCUCCUUCUGUCACUCAUGAAUUACUGACAUGGAUUAGAAAAUUAGCAUCACAGACAAAUAUGCACUGAAAAAAAUGGGGCAAAGACAUUAUUUCACUCCGUAAUCCAUAGCCAACCUUCAUUCACUACGCGGUCAAAAUGGAUGUUCAAAGCAUUUAAAAAAUAAACGGUUUUCAUUAAGCAAUGGUGAGAGAGGGUCCUCAGAAAAUGCAAGGCUGCGUUAGGAAGCAGGUCCUUUUAUUGGUAUCCUACUUUAUGGUAUUGGUACCCAGGGACGAGGGUGGCGCUGUGGGUUAAACCACAGAGCCUAGGACUUGCCGAUCAGAAGGUCGGCGGUUCGAAUCCCUGCGACGGGGUGAGCUCCCAUUGCUUGGUCCCUGCUCCUGCCAACCUAGCAGUUCAAAAGCACAUCAGAGUGCAAGUAGAUAAAUAGGUACCGCUCUGGCGGAAAGCUAAAUGGUGUUUCCAUGCGCUGCUCUGGUUCACCAGAAGCAGCUUAGUUAUGCUGGCCACAUGACCUGGAAGCUGUACGCCGGCUCCCUCGGCCAAUAAAGCGAGAUGAGCGCUGCAACCCCAGAGUCGGUCACGACUGGACCUAAUGGUCAGGGGUCCCUUUACCUUUACCUUACUUUGGGAGGGUUUCUGGGCUACUUCAUCUCUAUGUUAUUGCUCACUGGGUCUGCAGCCAGGCAACCCACCUGACCUUUGCACAAGCAGGGACAAACCAGGUCGAUUCUUGCUGGUGGGUUGUCUCUUGUACGUCUGCAUAUUGCAGGAGCCAGCGAUGGCUGCUUCGUAAUUUGGUGGCAUGUUGUCUCCACCUAUAGAGCUGUGUUUGCUUUUUCUCUCCACUGAGGUGUUACUGUUGUGUAGGUUGUUUUCCUUGGGGAGUGUUGUGGAUGGUCAUGGUUGCUGUGGCUUGGCUGCCGGUCCAGCCAUGGUGCAUUCCUAUGCUUGCUUGAUGUCCCAGACAUUUACAUGUUCAACUCGUGGGAUCAUGUUAUCGGGACAAUGGCUUUCUGUGAGCUUGAUUCGCUGCUGCAGCACACAACCAGAGCAUGUGGCAGGUAUGGCAGGAAAGACGCAAGCACUUUGUUCUUUUUUCAUAGAAACACACAACAGUAGAGUUGGAAGGGACCCCAAAGGUCAUCUAGUCAAAGCCCCUGCAAUGCAGAAAUCUGAACUAAAGCAUCCAUGACAGGUGGCCAUCCAGCGUCUGCUUAAAAACCUCCAAGGAAUCAGAGUCCACCACCUCUUGUGGGAGACACUUCCACUGCUGAACAGCUCUUACUGUCUUACUGUCAGAAAGGUCUUCCUGAUGUUGAGUCGGAAUCUCAUUUCAUGUAAUUUGAAUACACUGGUCUGAGUCCUACCCUCUGGAACAGGAGACAAUAAGCUUGCUCCACCUUCCAUGCGACAGCUUUGGAGAUAUUUGAAGAUGGCUCUCGUAUCUCCUCUCAGUUUUCCAGGCUCAACAGACCACCUCCCUCAACCGUUCCUCAUAAAGCUUGGUUCAGACCCUUGAUCAUCUUGGUUGCCCUCCUCUGCACAUGUUCCAGCUUGUCAACAUCCUUCUUAGAAUGUGGCUCCCAAAACUGGACACAGCAUUCCAGGUGUGAUCUGAUCAAGGCACAAUAGAGAAGUACUAUUGAUCUGGACACUAUACUUCUGUUGAUGCAGCCUAGAAUAGUGUUAGCUUUUUUUGCUGCUGCAUCACACUGUUGACUCAUGUUCUUUAGCUUGUGGUCCACCAAGAGCUCUAGAUCCUUUUCACAUGUCCUGCUAGUAAGCCAAAUGUUCCUAAUCUUAUACUUGUGCCUCUGGGUCUUCCUGCCCAAGUGCAGAACCUUACAUUUGUCCCUGUUGAAAUUCACUUUGUUAGUUUGGGUCCAGUUCUCCCAUCUGUUUAAGGUCAUCGUGAAUCUGGAUUCUGUCUUCAGUGGCAUUAGCUCUCCCUUCCAGUUUGGUGUCACCUGUAAAUUUGAUGACCAUCCCCUCAAUUCCUUCAUCUGUUGGGCACUUGUAUGGUGAGCACAUCAAACUCAUGACGUGGACUGUAUUAUGCUGAUAUCACCCACUCAUGUUGUACUGAUAGAACUCCUUUAAAAAUAAAAAAGCCUGACCCCACAAUAAAAAGGUAAAGGGACCCCUGACCAUUAGGUCCAUUCGCAAACGACUCUGGGCUUGCAGCGCUCAUCUCACUUUACUGGCCGAGGGAGCCGGCGUUUGUCCACAGACAGCUUCCGGGUCAUGUGCCCAGUAUGACUAAGCCGCUUCUGGCAAACCAGAGCAGCGCACGGAAACACUGUUUACCUUCCCGCCGGAGCGGUACCUAUUUAUCUACUUGCACUUGACGUGCUUUCAAACUGCUAGGUGGGCAGGAGCUGGGAAUGAACAAUGGGAGCUCACUCCGUCGCGGCAAGUCCUAGGCUCUGUGGUUUAGACCACAGCGCCACCCGCGUCCGGACCCCACAAUAUGCCUUCCCUAUUUGCCAUCUCCCUUUGGGUAGGAAAGCUAUUGCAGAAAAAUGGCAUGGAUCACAAAAAUGGAAUUGUGGGGGAAAGUUCUCUAGAAGCACUGGAAGAAGAAGAGAAGUUUGGAUUUGAUAUCCCGCUUUAUCACUACCCCAAGGAGUCUCAAAGCGGCUUACAAUCUCCUUUCCCUUCCUCCCCCACAACAAACACUCUGUGAGGUGAGUGAGGCUGAGAGACUUCAGAGAAGUGUGACUAGCCCAAGGUCACCCAGCAGCUGCAUGUGGAGGAGCCGGGAAGCGAACCCGGUUCCCCAGAUUACGAAUCUACCGCUCUUUACCACUACACCACACUGGCUCUCACACUGGAGAGGAUCCUGUGCCAUAGAUCAAAAUUGCACCCCAUCUGUAUUUGAGACGGGGAGAGGGGGAGUCAAACACAUCUUCCUCACAUGUUCCUUGGCCUUAUUUUAACCAUUUCCCUUUUUCAUUCCCAACCCUCCUCUUUCAACCUUGGCAUUUCAUGGCUGCUUUCCUUCCUUGGCGAUGGUGUUCCUUCCCUACUGGAAAUAAGUAUUGGCUAGCAAAGGAUCCUCCUCUCUGUGUAAGGGAUGCCUAGAGCCAGCCUGACCCCCCCAUCCUUUGGUUCCUCUUGCUUCCCACCUCCUGCCCAGUGGAGCCCAGGGAAUGUUUUGCUGCUGCCAAGACAUGAAUGUCCUCUGUCUGAUUCCUGCGCAGGCCUGCCUUUUUGUGGUGUACAGCUGGAGGGUUUCUUUCAGAACUUCAGACUGUCCCAAAUUCCAUCCCUCUAACGAGAUUUGGGUAGUUGUGAAUGGAGGCUUUCUUUCUCCCCCCUCCCUCUCCCGCCCCAGCCUUCUGGGGGGGGGGGGUUCCUUCCAAGGUCUUUCUCCCUGUCGCUCCAGGCAGUCCCCCCCCCCUGCAACCCUGGCACUUUGCGCAGGAAUGCCAGGAAUGUCGAACUCCUCCUUCGCCUUUCUGGCUUUCUCUUUCUUCCCUCCCUAGUUUGCAGGCAAGGGGGGGGCAGAUGAGGGGGCACACUUGCAAAACUCUGACGUGGAGUCUGGCUGGGGUGCGUGUGUGCGCGCACGUCUGUGGCUCAGUCGAGAGUGCGAUUGAGAAGUUGAAUUUUUAAAAAACCCAAAGCCCAACCUUGUCUCUUUGCUCCUCAGUGCCACGUUUCACUUUGUGCGAGCAAAUUGGAGAAGAGAGACUUCCAGCUGCAUUUGCGUUCCCAUUCACUUCAUUUAACAAGUAGUUUCCAGUACACAGAAACAUGGGUGACUUGGUGAUGGGGGAACUCUGUGUGUGUGUGUGUGUGUGUGUGUGUGUGCUCUGCUGCUGAUCUAAUUAGUCAGAAAUCACAGCUGGUAGGAAUACAAAUUCCAAAACUGCUGCUGUUGCCGGCAGGCUACAAGAUUUGCAGCGGGGUUCUCACUGAAGAUUCCCAGGGCCUGAUUUCCUGUGAACCAGACAGCUUGUGACUCCUGCUAGAUUAGGGCUCCUCUAUGUUAAUGGGGGAACAUCUGAGUUCCCUUGAGAAAAUUUUGCAAGGACAAAGACAUGAGAAGAUAACUCCCUGUUGCCUGGAGUUGACCUUUAGUUGCUUGCCGCUAGGUGAAACCUGCCCAUUUAAACUUUGAGAUGCCUCUCUCUGUGCUGGCUGAUAAGUCAUGUGAGUUAGCUCAAGGUAAAUACUUGGCCUCUUGCCGCUCCCCCCUGCUCCUGCCCCCACAAAAACAACUAGAGGAAAACACCUCUCACAGUAGAAUGAUCUCAGCUGCAGAAUUUUUGAGCCGGAAAACAAGAGCCAGGGUUAGACCCAAGUUCAAGAUUCUGUAUGUAAUACUGUUGUGAUCUGCCUUGCACGAUUAUGGUUAAGAGCAAACGCAAACACUUCAGUGUUUUAAAAGGUGGUAUAGUGCAUUGCAUAUUUAAAAAUGAAAAUCCAGGUAAGAGCAGGAUUCACCCUUUGCUAGAUAGGAUCUCACUCGCCUUUGGAUUGUGUCUGCAGCUUCAGAAGCGGCUCGCAAGACAAGAAGCAGCUUUUGCUAAGCCAAAGAUUUUCAUAACACAGUGCGUGAUUUUGAUGCAGCAUAGAAGAAGAAAAUGGUGGUGUCUCCCCCACAAAAAAUUAUUCAUUCCUAUAUAAUCCGGAAGGGACGCGGGUGGCGCUGUGGGUUAAACCACAGAGCCUAGGACUUGCCGCUCAGAAGGUCGGCGGUUCAAAUCCCCGCGACGGGGUGAGCUCCCGUUGCUUGGUCCCUGCUCCUGCCAACCUAGCAGCUCGAAAGCACGUCAAAGUGCAAGUAGAUAAAUAGGAACUGCUCCGGUGGGAAGGUAAACGGCGUUUCCGUGCGCUGCUCUGUUUCACCAGAAGCGGCUUAGUCAUGCUGGCCACAUGAUCCGGAAGCUGUACGCCGGCUCCCUCGGCCGGUAAAGCGAGAUGAGCGCCACAACCCCAGAGUCGGUCACGACUGGACCUAACGGUCAGGGGUCCCUUUACCUUUUAUUUAAUCCGGAAGAAAAACUUGCUUUCUUCUCAUUUGGCACCACUGCGCAAUGCUAAAUACAUUGCUGAAUAACUGGUCACUUGUGGUUUUCAUUGGAUGCCUUUUGUCAGCUAACCGGUUUACGUACUUUCCAGUGGAUGCAAUUCAUCUGCCCUACCUGUGUUGUUUUCAUUGGACACGGUUUGCCAGCUGUGUGCUUGCAAGGUUGGUGGGCGCAGAAAUUUGCUCACAAAAACUUGCAUUUUUGUUGCUGCCUUAAGAAAAAUUUUGUAAUGUAAUUUGCACAGUGUUAGAGGUGGAGCUGCAAGAAGAUGCACCUGCAGGUGCUCUUAGUUUUUGUUAGAUGGGGAAACAGGAACAAAAUACCCCAGAAACUGAAAUCAGAAUGCAUCAGCGUAGUAAACAAAAAGGAGGAGGUCUUCCACCAUGCAGAGCCUUCUGUGGUUCUUGGGAUUGAGAAUGUUGCAUUUGCUGAACAUGUUGGAUGCUAAAGGCAUUGAUAUGUUGACCUGUGCCAUCGGUUGCGGUGGGGGCGUCCCUCAUUUUUUAGCUUCUCUGCUUUAACAUAAAACAAAAUAAAGUGACUAGUUUUUUUAUGUACAAACAUACAAAAGCAAAAUGAGCAGUCGGUAUUAUCCCCAAUGGCUUAAUACCAAGGAAAGCUGAAAUACUGCAUGUGUGUACCUGGGACUAAGCUCCAUUGUGUGUGACUUACUUCUGAGUAGGCAUGUAUAGGAUUGCCCUGUAAGCCUCCUUUGGCAUUCUAGCCAGUGAGUGCAAAGGCACUGGAACGCUUGUGAGAAGCAAGGCUGGGGCCGGUAUAUGCAAUUUCUCUCCAUUGCACGAAAGUGUCAAUAACUGCAGUUUUUCUCUGUUCAGUCUCUCUUCGCUUGCUUCUCACUUUGAUCCAACUGGCAACGACUGCCUUAUUUUCCUGGCUCUCAGGGCGACCAUUGGUUUUCUUGUUCUGCAAAGUAAAGUUUUCGGCAUAUGCCAUUUUGCUUUCUGGCUUAAGGGCAAACUGGUGGACCCUCAACCCUUACUUUCACUUGCUUUUUACUUUUUAUAUUUUACUUAUAUUUAGCAAUAUAAAUCACUCUUUCUCUUUACCAGUUCCAUUAUUGAGAACUGGGGUAGGGGUGCAAGAAAAUUAUAGCCUAAAUGUCUCCUUCUUUUCUGGUGAUCUUCCCCUAAAGUUGCAUAAGAGGAAGGAGUGGAGCAGAUGGCAGGCAGUUCUUACUCAUGAGAAGCUGUAGCUGCCAAAUUCAGUGUGCUUUGAAGGUACAAGGAAUCUUUGGCAAGGAGCUGAUUGCUCUACAUUUGCCUUUCCUGUUUGUGGGAAGCUUUUUAACCUACUAGUUCUCUCUCUCUUGCUUUUUUUAUGCUAGGCUGUAUUUGUUUUAAAGCAGAGGUGGCUUACCCGUGGCCUUAGGGAAGCUUUUAAUCUUUGAUGGAUUACUGUAUUUUAAUAUUUUGUUGGAAGCAGCCCAGAGUGGCUGGGGAAGUCCAGCCAGAUGGGCGGGGUAUAAAUUAUUAUUAUUAUUAUUAUUAUUAUUAUUAUUAAUAUUAUUAUAUUACAGUGGUACCUCGGGUUAAGUACUUAAUUCGUUCCGGAGGUCUGUUCUUAACCUGAAACUGUUCUUAACCUGAAGCACCACUUUAGCUAAUGGGGCCUCCAGCUGCUGCUGCACGAUUUCUGUUCUCAUCCCAAAGCAAAGUUCUUAACCUGAGGUACUAUUUCUGGGUUAGCAGAGUCUGUAACCUGAAGCGUAUGUAACCUGAAGCGUAUGUAACUCGAGGUACCACUGUAUUAUUAUUAUUCCAGGUGUUGUUGAAAGCUACAGUUCCCAUAUGCCCCAGGAGUGAUGGGAGUUGUAGUUCAGCUACAGUGGUGCUAGGUUGGCAGGAGCUGGGACUGAGCAACAGGAGCUCACCCCAUCACGGGGAUUGUUUUGAAGAGUAAUCUGUAGUUAUCUUUCGCCAUCUACUUGAUGUUUCACUAGGGGAGUAGUGUUGGGGUUUUUUUGUCACCAACAGAGGACAUUAUCACAUAAGGUGGCCUAUAAAGUAUUUUUAUUUGAAAUAAAAUAAAUGCCAUAGGAUGCAGCAUCUAUUUCUCAGUUUCUGGUUGUCUCUGCUUCAGUUCUGAGCUACCUUAGACUUGGGUGGCAGUGGCUGUGUGAUGCUGGGGCAGUUUGGAUCAUCUGAACUGCACAAGUCAUGUUCCUCUCACUUCACAGUCCAUUGCAACCCAUAUUUUCAUCCUGUUUUGGUCUGUUUGGACUGAAAUCAGCAUUUCUGAAGCUUACGGCCUCGUGCUGGAGCUUAUAGAAGGCUUUUAUGAGUUGAGGGUAGGCUUGGUAUCCUCUGGAUGAUGGAGGGCUAUAGAAAGGAAAUGGCUGAAUCCUGAUUCACAAUAGCUUGUUUCCUCCCAGGACGGCUUUUUUCCUUUUUCCAGGCCUCUGGAAACUCUGGUUUCUUUUAACCCUUUUGUCGGCGUUUGUGUUGGCCUGAAAUGAUGAUCUCUGCUCCGUCUUGGCCAGGGACUUUCAAAACGUUUUUCAGCCUCUCUGAAGCAAAGGCAUGGAACAGGGCUGGUUAAUCUGCAGCCCCCCAAGGUGUUUCUGAAGUACAGCUCCCAUCAGCACGAUACUGCAUACUCAGAGGUCAAGGGGUUGUAGUUCAGCAAUAUCUGGGGGGCCAGAAGUUAAGUCACCCCUGCAGUAAAAUGAUGACCCUCUCCAGACUUCAACAUGUAAGGCAAGAAUUUGGUUAAUUAUGGCAGAACCUAAAAGCUGCUGUUUUGGUCUAGCUUAAGGCUCUGGCAUAUGGAAACUACAGCACUGUGCCAGGUAAUUGCUCUUGCAGUGUUAGAAACUCAGAUACACAGUGGUACCUCGGGUUACAGACGCUUCAGGUUACAGACUCCGCUAACCCAGAAAUAGUACCUUGGGUUAAGAACUUUACCUCAGGAUGAGAACAGAAAUCGCACGCUGGUGGUGCGGCGGCAGCGGGAGGCCCCAUUAGCUAAAGUGGUAUCUCAGGUUAAGAACAGUUUCAGGUUAAGAAUGGACCUCCAGAACUAAUUACCGUAUUUUUCGCUCUAUAAGACGCACCAGACCACAAGACGCACCUAAUUUUUGGAGGAGGAAAACAAGAAAAAAAUAUCUGAAUCUCAGAAGCCAGAACAGCAAGAGGGAUCGCUGCGCAGUGAAAGCAGCAAUCCCUCUUGCUGUUCUGGCUUCUGGGAUAGCUGCACAGCCUGCAUUCGCUCCAUAAGACGCACACACAUUUCCCCUUACUUUUUAGGAGGGAAAAAGUGAGUCUUAUAGAGCAAAAAAUACGGUAAGUCCUUAACCUGAGAUACCGCUGUAUAAGCUAAUUGCCAAAUGGCUCCUUCAAGCUAGGUUGCGGUCACCUCAACAGAACGUCUAGGCACCAACCCCCCCCCCCAAAUAAGAUGAUGAUGAUGAUUUCAUUUCUAUACCACUUUGUAUUUUAAAGAAAAAAAUCUCAAAGCGGUUGACAACACAUUCAACCACCAAAUAUACAAGCUUUUCUGUUUACCUGCUUCAGAAACCUGGAGGGGCCAGCCAAAGGGAGAUGUCCGUUGCCAGAGAUCUGGCAUCCAGAGAUCUCCACAUGGUCACAAUUAGACCAGCGCGAGUCAGAAACCGCACCUGACUCCUGGGGAAUUUCUAAUACUGCAUUCAGGUGCACACAUUCCACACAGCAUAUUGCAAUUCCCCCAGUAACAAAACGUUGCUGUUUUGAAAGCUGGGCAAAUGUAAAUAACCUGCAAAGGAGCAGGUGUGGAUAGACUCCAGAGGAAACGAAGGACGUUGUCCACCUUGCUGCUUUGGAAAGGCGCUCAAUGAGGACCAGACUACAGUGGUACCUCGGGUUAAGUACUUAAUUCGUUCUGGAGGUCCGUUCUUAACCUGAAACUGUUCUUAACCCGAAGCACCACUUUAGCUAACGGGGCCUACUGCUGCCACCGUGUCGCUGGAGCACGAUUUCUGUUCUUAUCCUGAAGCAAAGUUCUUAACCUGAAGCACUAUUUCUGGAUCAGCGGGGGAGGCACGUUCGCAACCUGUAGUGUUUGCAACCCACAGCACCGCUUCUGCGCAUGUGCGGGUUGCUAUUUGGCGCUUAUGCGCAAAGCACUAUUAGCGCUUCUGCACACGCAUGACCACCGAAACUCGGAAGUAACCCGUUCCGGUUUUGGCGCGUCCAUAACCUGAAAGACCGCAACCUGAAGCGUCUGUAACCUGAGGUAUGACUGUACUUUUCAGUCACUACUAGCAACAAUGGCUAUGUUCUGCCGCCGCUACCAAGGCAGGAUGCCUCAAAUGCCAGUCACUGGGCAUCUCAGGUGGGCAGAGUGGUGGUUGCGCUCAUUUCCCGCUUGCAGGUUCCCCACAGACACUUGGUUGGCCUCUGUGAGAAUGGGAUACUGGAGUAGAUGGGCCACUUUGGGCCUGAUCCAGCAAGCUCUUUUCAUGUUCUUAAGUUUUCCUUUGGAGACAUGUUGGGCUGUGUGGAAGAAAAAGUUAACGUGUAAUUAAAGGCAAUGGGAAUUUAGGUUAUUAGCAGUGGUGUGAGUUUUCUGGAAAAUUUCCAGUGCUUUAAAAACUGACUGAUUUAACACACUGGGCUGACAUUUAGCAAACAAAACUGAAGUAUGUCAUGUUCUACAUGCUAAACACAUAGCUUGAAAGGUUUCCCAAUAACCUAAAAGUAUUUGAAAUAAUAUUUAGGAUUAAAAAAUGAACAAAGCUUACAUAAAUGUGGCUUAAAUGUUAUUUUCCAACAGAAUAAAAUAAUUACUAGGAUAUUAUUUUUCUUUGAAUAAUUGUGCACAUUUUGAUACGUGAGUAUGCUAAAAUGAAAUGUAAAGCACUUAAAUGGGUGCAUGUUUCCUUAGGAUGACCUUGGAAAAAAGGUUUCACAAGGUAUGAUAUCUUUUUGUAAUGCUACUAAUUUAUUUUAGGAAAAUUCAUUUUUUUUUAAGAUGGAAUUUUGCUGUAAAAAUAUAGGAAUAUAACAACUACUGAAAAUUUUCUACCAAAAGUUUUCUGCCUUACAUCACCGGUUGUGAGAGAUUGAUAAGAGUGGGGCAUAUUCCUUUGCCCCAUUUUGAAGUAUCCGUAUUUCACAGUUGGUUGAGUGCAGCUGUGGGUCUGUUUCUCGUGUCUUAUGUAGUUGGAAAUGAGUAUAGUUUUAAUUUUGGAAGUGAAAAAUUAUGCAUGAGUGAUUUAACAGUUGUGUAAAAAGAACCUGCUUUCCUAAUUCCUCAUUGGUAACAUUCUCCACUUCUUCUUUCUGUUGUUAUCUAGCUCAGUCUAUAAUUUCAAACACAUUUAGUAGGAAGUAAAGUCCCAAUUAAUUGAAAUGCAUACUUGCUCAUCAUCUGUGAUGUGAGUGGCAGUUGCGCCUCCUUCAAUCAGGGUCCUAAAGUGAAAUAUACUCAGAGUCGCAAAGUGAUUUCAUGCUCUUUAUUCAGCUCAUAGUGGUGAGGAGGAAUGAAUGAAAGUCCCCUCAAAGUAUCUGCUUUAUAUACAUUAUUUGCACAAUGGGCUGCACAUGAUUGGCUAAUUCUGGAAUUCUACUGUAAGCCAAUCAGGUUGUGGAUUCACUUAUAUCUGGAGCAUGAUUGGGUGGUUCCUGCCAACCAAUCAUACUGCUGCAUUGUUCUAGGACCAAUCAGACUGCUGCAUUCUGAAUCCUAUUGUUCUAGGACCAAUCAGACUGCUGCAAUUUGGAUCCUAUUGUUCUAGGACCAAUCAGACUGCUGCAGUUUGGAUCCUAUUCAACUCAGUACAUAACAUAAAGAUUCCCGUGAGAGGCUAACAGCUUUGUGUCCCCAGAAAGAUCUGCACUCACAAAAGAGCAGAGAAAGGGGCCUAGAGAUGCAGGACAAGGCGGCUGUUCAGAAUAUGGCAUCUCCACUGUUGUCUUCUAUACGGAUAGCUCAGGAUAGCUCAGCAGAGAUCAUGGUGGGGUUUCCACUGGCCUCACACAACUUGUGGGUGUGCCUGACUUCUUAAAGACCUCUGUCUUGAAGCAAAAGGGCCACACUUUCCAGUCGACAUCCCAUAGCACGAGAGUGGGACCUCCUUGCACUCUUUCUCCCUACCUUGGUUUCACCCAUAAGCAGCCUAUUAUUUCAUUUGGAAAGGGCUGGGGAAACAGCUUCCUCUUAGAGCAGCUCACACUUUGCUUAUGGGUCUUGCUUCCAAGCAAAGUAUGCCUAGGUUUAACCCAUUUUGGUUUUUUUGCUCUUUCUCAAAUUGGUUAAGGCCGCUGAGGAAUAGGAAAAAUGAACCUUCUGCCCAAAAGCAUUACAGAGAUAAUUCAGGGUUCUCUCUCUCUCUCUCUCUCUCUCUCUCUCUCUCUCCCUCUCCCCUCCCCUCUCUCUCUCUGUGUGUUUGCAUUUCCUUUCUGUUGAAUCAUUUAUUUUGAUCCGGUGACUAACAGCAUGUGGAAACCCAACAUUUCCUUACUGGUACUGUCACAAGUCAUGUUCACCCAAGUGAAGCCUUUGAGCUCUGCUCAAUAUAGGAGCUGCUAUUUAUAGAGCACGUUGAGGUGAACCCGCCCAAAAGGCUGUGUGAUCUUCAAAGAGUGUCUGUAGUUCUAUGUGGAGUCCACGAUAAGGACCUAGUCAUUGCCAGCAGCUCCCCAAAGGUCCAUUUUUAAACCCUCCUCGAAUAGAGAACAACCAGAAAAUAGAUGGAGAGAGAGAGAGAGAGAGAGAGAGAGAGAGAGAGAGAGAUCUAUAUCUAUCUAUAGAUAGAUAGAUGGAUGAUAGAUAGAUAGAUAGAUGAUAGAUAGAUAGAUAGAUAGAUGAUAGAUAGAUAGAUAGAUAGAUAGAUAGAUAGAUAGAUAGAUAGAUAGAUAGCAACCAGAAUACAAUACAUUCCCGGAUGGUUUCACAUACAGUUACUAGGCUUAUUUGGGGUAUAAGGAAUCAGAAUUAAGGGUGAGCUAGCUAUGGAUUUUAAUAAAUAUAAAUUACCGGUAUACACCCUCCAAGUUAACGGUAUUUGUAGGUCCUCUCACAUUGCAGACAGCCUGUUGUUAUUCUCACAAGGAGAUCUUCCCCGGAGCCCUAAGGGGGUGUCCUCUUUGGGCUCCAGGGAAGUUCUCCUCAUGUGCUCCCCAUUUAGGCCCAAUUCACUUAUGCACACAGUGGGCCGGAAUGUAACCCCCACAUAAUUGGGGAGUACUUGCUUCGACAGAUAAAGCAUUAGAAUACUAGUCCAACUCAAAAAGAUCUAAAGACCUGUUUUUAUGAGAAAUACUUGGGAGGUGAAUUGCAACUAUUGGUGACUGACUUCAGUGCUCUGAUUUCUAGGGCAUGUUUUUAAGAAUUGGUUGGUGAGUCUGGGAGGUCACUAGAAGUCUUGAAUAUCUCACUACUGAUAUUUCUUAAUUUCUUCAGUUUGGCUAUGCCUAUGGUUUACUCUGUGGAUGAGUGUGCCUUUUCCCACAGAUGCUUCUUGCAUCUAGCAUUCAAAAAGGGAUCCUCCUUCAUCUUCUUUUAAAUGUAGGAGCAAAUGGUGUGGUAGACUUAUAAUCCGGUGAUACCAAGUUAUUUGGUGAGUUCAAAUGGCACUGGUGGAAAGAAGUACAAACAUCUGAGGAAUUGAACCCUGAACCAUGAUGGGAAAGGGAAAUGUCUGGGUUUGUUGACUUUGAGAGUGACCUCAAUGAAUCGAAGAGCAAACAAACGAAUGUUGACAAGGGCAAAUUUAAAAUAUGCCUUGUGGGGAUGUAAAAAUACUAAACUUACAGCUGUGAUAGAGGCACAGUGCAUCCUUAUCCACAAAUUUGACCAGCAGCCUUUUCAGCUGUUGUGUUCUUCAGGUUUUCUUGGGCUGUUUGUUUCCCUGACAGAAUCCAUAGCAUGCCAAUAUCCUUUCUUUAUUGCAAUGUCUGGGUCUGGGUAAGGAAUCAUAUCACUGACCUUGCAAGCAGCUGCUGUUCCGAAUUCUCCAGGUUUUGUAAAGUCUGUUGCCUAUACCUGUAUAUCCCAGGAACACAUUCACUAUUGAAAUUCAGCCGCCUAUUGAGUGUGAGGCUAGAAGUUGUCUGAAUUCCUUGCAGCAUGCCUGUCACCUCAUAGUAAAAAUAUUUGCCUAGUAUUGCCAGGAUAACUGCUCCCACCCCCCUAAAAUUGGCAUGAAUUUUAAAUGCCCCUGCAAAUGAGAUUAAAUUAUCUGUUAAGAUAGGACCCCACUCUGUACACAUGUGUUAAAGAAAUAAUAGCUCUAGCUCACUUUUAUGUCUUAAUUUUUUUUAAAAAAUGGGAAGCUUAGAACAGCUUUCAUUGUUUUAUUGUGCAUACUUGUAUCAUUUCUUUAAAGGUGAAUUAUGGGUGAAGUAUUUGAGAUGAAGCAGUGAGAGCUGUAGAUUGAAAAAUGGUUGCAGUGAUAGUUAAACUUUGACCCCCCCCCCCAAUUUUAUAUACAACUGUAAAUCUUAAUGGCAGUGGGGGGGUUGAUGCAUAAGAGAGAUAUUACAAUAAAUUACACUCAUAACAGUUUUCUAUAUGUGUAAUAUAGAGAUGUUUAAAUCUGUCGCAUCAUUCCGUGGAUACCUCUUGCAUUUUGAUCAUCUCGUUUCAUUGCAGAUACUGACCUGGGUUGCACAACAUAGUUAGCUGAGUGAUGAGUGUCUUCAAACUGUCAGGAUGGUAUCCCACACAAGCCUAUUCAGAAUAGUCCCAUUAUAUGACUAACGUAGGUUCAUUAAUUUCAGUGGGUCUACCCUGAGCAGGACUUAGUUGGCUACAGCCCAAUGUAUUUGACAGGAUUCAGGGGCGCCCUGGAACUGACCAGUUAACGUGUUUUCAAGCCUGCAGGACUUUUUGUGGUUUGGAAAGCGACAAGGCAAUGAAUGCACUGAAACGUGGGGUGAAGAAAGGAUUUCUAGGAAGAUGUGUUAACAUCCCCACGGGCAAAUUAGGAGGAAUGCAGAAGGGAUACUCCUUGUCAUACAUGUAUUUGGACGAUAGUAGUAUUUAUAUACAGGAAUGCGGGUGGUGCUGAGGGUUAAACCACUGAGCCUAGGGCUUGCCGAUCAGAAGGUCGGAGGUUCGAAUCCCCGCGACGGGGUGAGCUCCCGUUGCUCAGUCCCUGCUCCUGCCAACCGAGCAGUUCGAAAGCACAUCAAAGUGCAAGUAGAUAAAUAGGUACUGCUCUGGCGGGAAGGUAAACGGCGUUUCCGUGCGCUGCUCUGGUUCACCAGAAGCGGCUUAGUCAUGCUGGCCAGAUGACUCUCGGCCAAUAAAGCGAGAUGAGCGCCACAACCCCAGAGUCGUCUGCGACUGGACCUAAUGGUCAGGGGUCCCUUUACCUAGUAUUUAUAUACAGUAUCUGCAUAAUAAUGUAUGGAAAUGUAACUGAUCAUAUUUACUGUUUUCUAUUAUUUUUUCUUAUUGUAUUGUUGCAUUUUUUCUCCCUCUUUUGUUUGUUCUUUUAUUACUUUAUUUUCUAUAACUUUAUUGUUUAUAACUGAAAUUCUCUCUCUCUCUCUCUCUCUCUCUCUCUCUCACACACACACACACACACACACACACAGCUUGCAACCAAAUUGUAAGAAAUGCCAAUAAAGAACAGGCAUAGUUUAACCACUGUGUGAGCAAUAAAAUCAGGAUUAAUUACGAAUAAGCAGGUGGCCUGCAGAAGCCGUACGGUUCCUGGAGGCUGCUUUGCUCCUCCUCAGUCAAAGCUCAUGACUUGUGAAAAUAGUGAUUAAGGAUGAAUCCUGGUUCUGUUACAAGAAUGCACUUACGAACACCCGUUUUGUUUUUGACACCUUAGAAUUCUGACAGCAGUUCAGACAACCAUGCUAAGCCAGUGCUUAGCACAAUGCAGAGUGGCAGCAAAAUGGGGAGAAGCAGAGUGGCUGCCGGCUGCCCCCUUUAGGAGACUGUGCUUGGACAUGGCUGGGCUUUCUGUGUCAUGCAAGCCACUCAGCGAGAUGUACUGUUAGAAGAGUAAAGAACCACUGGUGGGAAGAAUGUAGAACAAGCAAAACCUAAAAGUAGUUUUUGUUUUAACGUAUCUAUGUGGGGUUUUGUUUCUUUGGGGUCUUCUGGUUGCGUGAGGGGCUCUGAAUUGCCUUUGGCAAGAAUAAGCAACAAAUAAAUCUUCUUCUUCUUCUUCUCUGGUAAGAGAGACAGAAAGAAAACACACAACUGAGUGAUAAGGAGAUACUGUAUUUUAGGACCUCUUCUUGAAAACACUGGUAGACUGGGAGGAUGCAGAAGACCCCAAAGUCAAUAAAAUUGUGUUUCAGUUGAAUUGCACUUACAAGUGCAGAAUAUCUUGUGGGCUUCGUGACCACUUUAGUGGUAAAAUUGGCUUUUGAUCAGGUUCUGUUCAGUUUAGCAGUCUGCACCAGGAGAAUCCUAUCCCUGCAUAUUGCCUCCCUAUUUCUGUGCCCUGUUUGCUGUGACUGCAGUUGCAAAAGCUAAAUUUUGCCUGGCCUGCUGCUACUCCCCCCCAUCUCUCCCUGCCAGAUCAAGAAAGUGAGCCAUGCCUAGCUGUUGCAAGUUCUGCUUUCUAGUAAUGUAGCUGUUUACUACCCUUCCCUUCCCAACAUACACAGAACUGCUAUAGGCUUCAGUCUCCUGGUUAUUAUUAUUAUUAUUAUUUGUUCUUGCCUAUUUAAUUCUUUCCCAGUGGGUGACUCAUUGAUUUUGUUUGUAUUGGGCCCAGUUCCAGCUGCUGCAGUCCCUUCUCCAAGACGGGCUGCUCUUUAUUGCGAAGUCCACAGCAGGAAGGCAAACUCCUCCUCCGUUCUGCAAAUGAACUUCAGUUAAAGUCCCUCUUCCGCUCUAAAUUCUAAGCCAGUGCCUUUCCGACGCCCAUCUGCACCCCUUGGCUACUGAAGGCUGUGCUGUUUCAACAUUUUUAGCUAUAUUUCAUCCAGAGUGCAUACUUGACAUAACGGGUAUACAAUGAAGAACCGGCGGCUAAUACUUGCCUUCAUUUUUUCCGCUUGAUGCUUACUAGCUACAAACUCCUUAUUUGUCUUGGCUCUGCUUGACUAACUUCCUUCUUUAUAUCCUUGCUAGCCUCUGUGCCUUAACCCACACUUGGAUUGCCGUCUGCCUCUUCUGAUGUUUAUCCUCAGGGGCCUGGAAAUCUUGGGGGAAUUUGUCCCCUCAUCUUUGGUUGGGAAUGAAUUGGACGCUCUACAGAUUUGAACAGGGCCUUUUGCCUCCUCAACAGCUGCAUAGCAGGCAGUAAUUUUGUAGGACAGUCUUCCCCCAUCAUGCAAUGACCAGACAAGCUUGAGCUGCUGAUUUUUUUAGCUGCCAUGCAACUGUUAAAAGCACAACAGCCCUAGGCUGGCAGGUGGGCUUUACUGGUCCCCUGGUUUUUCUUCAGCUCAAGCACUUAAGCCUGGCUUGGGGAAAAGGAGACCAGUGACAAACGCUCUUCUUUAGAGAUCAGGUGGGGGGGGGGAUUAUCCCACCUGGAGGAAAUUCUAGGCACAUACAGAUUCAGUCAUUCACCCCAAAAAAGCAUAGAAACUUCAAGCUCAGGCAGCAGCACCUCUGUCUCCUGGAAGCAGGAAAAACAUCUGCAACAGUGGUAGCCAACCUUGUGCCCUCCAGAUGUUUUGGGCCACAAUGCCCACCAGCCCUGUCUGUUGGCCAGGUGAGCGGGGGCUGGUUGCAGCUGCAGCGCAAAAGUUAUGGCAGGCGCCAAGUUGGUUUCCCAUGUUUCUGUAGUCUUGCAUAUUUGUGUUCACUUGCGGGAAAAGUGAAUUUAACUUCUCGCUUUUCAAAAUAAUUUGCAAUGGAGUCCUUCCUGUCGAGGAUGUUGGAGCAGUAGGAUAGGGUUAUCACUGUGGUAGCACCCUUUCGUUGUGAUGGUGGGACCCACAAGAUGCCUGCGAGAAAAAGAUUUCCAUUUGGACUUCCAUACAAACUAAUAGAGCAACUUACUUUGUCUUUACAGGUCACAGCCAAGACUGCCUUCUUGUUCAUCUUACCUCAGUAUAACGUCAGUGUGCCUACAGCAGGUAAGGCAGCCUAUGCAUACCUUGGUAGCACUUUGGUGGUAUUAAACCCUGCAAGCUAUGAGCCCUGGAUUUCCCAUUAACUAGUUUUGUGUCACCACCAUGACAGUCCAGCUUCCUUGUGAUUAUAUCGCCUGUGGGCCUUGCUCUCCCUCCAUUUAUCCCAUAGAUGGGCAGGGUAUAAAUAAUAAAAUUAUUAUUAUUAUUAUAACCGCAUGGUGAGGGAAUCUGUGGCCCUCCACAGGGGGCAUGAAACCACCCCUGCUUGGUUGACUCACCCCAGAAAUUUGUUAACAAGCCCUGCAUGUUGGGAAUGGGUUGUGACAUAAAAGGAGACAGAGGAAUGCUCAUUUUAUGUCCCCUUUCCCCAUCCAGCCCCAAGUCCAUCCAGCUCUCAGGCCAGAUGUUUAACUUUUUCCGGAAAAGUGAGGGACUUCCCCCCCCAACCUUUCCCACCCCAUUGUCAACAUGUCAUCACAAAGGUUUCAGUGUGUUGGGUUUAUUUUUUUUUAUUAGAUGGUUUCCAACCACCUCCUAUGAAUAUCUGAGCAGCCAGCAGUAACAUGGGGGACAGGAGGCGGGUGGGUGUGGAGGACUCUUUGGUCCUGAAUGGGGUAACUGUGCCCCUGAAGGACCAGGUGUGCAGCCUGGGAGUCAUUCUGGACUCACAGCUGUCCAUGGAGGCACAGGUCAAUUCUGUGUCCAGGGCAGCUGUUUACCAGCUCCAUCUGGUACGCAGGCUGAGACCCUACCUGCCCGCAGACUGUCUCGCCAGAGUGGUGCAUGCUCUAGUUAUCGCUCACUUGGACUACUGCAAUGCGCUCUACGUGGGGCUACCUUUGAAUGUGACCUAGAAACUACAACUAAUCCAGAAUGCAGCAGCUAGACUGGUGAGUGGGAGCGGCUGCCGAGACCAUAUAACACUGGUCUUGAAAGACCUACACUGACGCCCAGCACGUUUCCGAGCACAAUUCAAAGUGUUGGUGCUGACCUUUAAAGCCCUAAGCGGCCUUGGUCCAGUAUACCUGAAGGAGCGUCUCCACCUCCAUCGUUCUGCCCAGACACUGAGGUCCAGCGCCGAGGGCCUUCUGGCGGUUCCCUUGCUGCAAGAAGCCAAAUUACAGGGAACCAGGCAGAGGGCCUUCUCGGUGGUGGCACCCGCCCUGUUGAAUGCCCUCCCACCAGAUGUCAAAGAGAAAAAUAACUACCAAAUUUUUAGAAGACAUCUGAAGGCAGCCCUGUUUAGGGAAGCUUUUAAUGUUUAAUAGGUUAUUGUAUUUUAGUGUUUUGUUGGAAACUCAGCCAGAUGAGCGGGGUAUAAAUAAUAUUAUUAUUAUUAUUAUCUGGUGUCUAAGGCUAGACUACACAGUAGGGGAACAUGCCAAGCUCUCUGCAGUUUUCAUUUUGGUGAAGCAGCUCUGCAUGGGUGAGACUGAAAGCAGAGGAGCUGUUUACGUGGAAGGCUGAACAACCCCUUUCGUUAGCCCAUCAAUUCUCCACUCCAGGUUGUUCCUCCCUGGCCCCCUUUUGUGGGGUUUCAAAAUUUGUGUGUAUGUUUGUGCCAUAGGAAAACCUACUGGGGUGCUGAUAUGGAGCAGGGAAACAGAUGGACUGAAGAAAGGGUUAAGCAUUCUUUCCUCUCGGCCACAGUCCCCUCCCCGGAAGCUGCUUUCUAGCAAAAAGCCAGCAUUAGACUUCUAACGUGUGUUUGCACAAAACAUGCAGUAACUCCUUGAGGCUGAGAAUGAUGUCUGUGGUUCCAGGACACGUCACAUGAAAUGCCGCAUUUUUAAACAAUGUACAGUUGAUGAGAACCAUAAGCUAAAACCACAAGACGAAGCAAAAUGGCAAGAGCAGCAAAACGGGAAUGCAGCAGAAAACCCCAGGGGAAGCUUCUGCUCCCACAAAUGGCUACCUGGGGCAUUGCCCUUCUCAGGUCCUCCUGGCACCCUUCCUCCUCCUCACCUGUGCUGUGGCAAGCCUGCCCAGCUCUUUGCCCCAGGAGGUGAGGGAAAGUGGGUGCAGGCAGGCGGGGGGCAAGAGGCAAGAGGUCCCACAGUUCUCUGCACCACUUGGAGACUUAAGGGGCCGCGCUCAUUAUCCAAGGGAAGAAAAGAGAGAUAGAGAGAAAUAUGUCACUAAAAAGGCCCUCUUUGAACUUAGAGCAGCAUCGCUUUCAGUUCUGCUGCCCUGCCUCUGUGUUCAUAAAGCACUUCCAAACGGAUGUGCUCCCUGAGGCCUUCCUUCCGCAGCUGUGGAAAUACCCAGGUUGAGUCACCCACUUCACAAUGUCCCUUGCUGCUGCUGGGGUCUUUGGCACGUGCCCUGAACCACAGCUCUUCAAGAAAAAGAGUGUGGGCUGGCUCUGGAUGCUUUAGGUCUGACUCACUUGACAACCUGAGCCUCAUAUUCAAAUGAUCCGCGUGCUGAUGCAAAGAGCUAGAUUAGCAACCCUGGAGACGGAGGGUUUCUGUCUGUCUAUGCAUUGAGAUUGUACAGUCUGCUCUGCUGGGGCAGCGCAGUAUAAACUUAGCUGCCCGUGUUACCAAUUUAAUAUCUCCAGGCUGGUGACAGUAAUUCUGAGAAGAGAUGGAGGCUUCCUUUGAAAUGCAAACCACAGACUCAGGAGGUAGUAAAAGUUAGAUUUUUCUCACCACCACCUUCUCAGACUUCCCCAUGGCUACUAUUUGCGUAACAAAAAAGUGCACAUUAAUCUAGGGUCCUCAGUUGCUGGUGCUGGGGCUACCGGGGUUCAGAUAAUUAUCCCUGGUUUGUAAUGUUAACACCCUGCAAUAAAGGACCAAGGUACUCUGGGGGGCUCCAAAGGCACUUCCCACUUUUACCUUAGGAUAGGUAAAGGGACCCCUGACCAUUAGGUCCAGUUGUGGCCGACUUUGGGGUUGCGGCGCUCAUCUCGCUUUACUGGCCGAGGGAGCCAGCGUACAGCUUCCGGGUCAUGUGGCCAGCAUGACUAAGCCGCUUCUGGCGAACCAGAGCAGCACACGGAAAUGCCGUUUACCUUCCCACCGGAGUGGUACCUAUUUAUCUACUUGCACUUUGAUGUGCUUUCAAACUGCUAGGUUGGCAGGAGCAGAGACCAAGCAACGGGAGCUCACCCCAUUGCGGGGAUUUAAACUGCCAACCUGCUGAUUGGCAAGUCCUAGGCUCUGUGGUUUAACCCACAGCGCCACCCGCGUCCCUUAGGAUACCAGACUACAAAAUAUGCAUAUCUCAUGCCUGUUGUGAAUGGAGGGGGGCACACCUUUAAAUCACUACUCUUCAAGGUGCAAGACACAAAUGUGGAGGUAACUUGGAAACAAGGGCGAUCUUGAGUGGGGUGCUGGAGGGCUUUGUCCUAGACCCAUGGCUAGGACAUUUUUACAGCUGACAUGUUGAGAGGAUGUUUGUCACAUGUACAAAAAGCUGGAAGGGGUAGCUAACAUCAUAGAAGAUGGAGUCAAGAGUUAAAGCGCUCUUGGCAGACUAGAACAUUGGGAUGCAGCCAGCCUUAAAUGUGAGUUAUCAGUGCAAAAGGGCAGCUGAUAAGGCUAAUGCAUAUCUAGACUUCAUCAUCAGAAGUGCUGUGUUCAGGUCAUGAAUAGGCAUUGGGUCCUGUCUGUUUCCCUUUGGACAUUCCUCUUCUGAGACACUCCAAAAUGAUCCCUCCAAACUGGGAGAAUGGGCAGUAAAAUGGCAAAUGCAGUUCAAUGUAAGCAAGUUCAAAGUGAGGCACACUGGGCCAAAAACAAACCUAGUUUCACAUACAUUCUCAUGGGGUGUGAACAUGGGGUGACAACCAGGUACGAGAGUUUAGGGUCAUAGCUACUAGCUUCUCAAAGAUGUCGACCCAGAGUGUGGCAGCUGUGAAAAGGGCAAAUUCUGUGCUAGGGAUCAUUAGGAAAGGCGUUGAAAAUAAAAUGCCCAAUAUGAUAACAGCUUCAUGCAAAUCCAUGGUGUGAGCUCACUUGGAAUGCUGUGUGCAGUUCUAGUUGUCUCUCCUCAAAGAGGAUCCUGCAGAACUGGAAGAGGGCAAGAAAAGAGCAACCAAAAUGACGAAGGGAAUGGAGGACCUCUGUAUGGGGAAAGGUUUGAAUGUUGGGGGCUUUUUAUUUUAUACAAAAGGUGAGUAAGAAGUGAUGUCAUUGAAUUAAGCCUGUUGUAGAGAUAGUGGAUGGGUAAUUUUUUCCUCCCUCUUUCAAUACUUGAGGAACAUUCAAUGAAAGUGUUGGAAGAUUCAGGACACCCCCAGAAAAGCACUUCACACAGCACAUAGUUAAACCAUGGCAUUCCCUCCCACAAGUGGCAGUGGUUGGCUGCCAAUUUGGAUUAUUUAUAAGAGGAUGGGACAGAGAUAUGUACCCAGUUGCUAUGUACCCUGAGAGCUCUGCUUCUGCCUCCGCUGUCAGAGGCACUGGGCCUCUGAAUUUCAGGCGCUGGGAAUCACAGGAGGGCCAAGUGGGGUUGCGAUCAGGUCCUGCUGGCUUCUCAUAGACACCUGGUUGACCUUUGUGAGAACAGAGCGCUGGACUACAUGGGCCUUUGGUCUGCUCCAGCAGGACUCUUCUUACGUUCGGGCGCAAGUGUUUUAAGAAGGGCCUCGACAAACUGCAGUGUGCUCAGAGUAGGACAGCAAGAUGGUGAAGGGUCUCAACACCAAGUCCUGUGAUGGAUGGUUGAAAAAGCUGAGUUUAGACUUUCAGGGGAGACCCAACAGUCAUCUUCAAAUGUCACAUGGAAGAUGAGCAGACAUGUUCCCUUUGUUCCAGAGAACAGGAUUAGAACCUGUGCAGGGAAAUAGAUUUUGGCUAAAUAUUAGGAGAGAGAAGCCUCUUAAAGAUGGGUGCUGCUUGACUCCCUUAGAAGGUGGGGGGCUCUCCUUCUCCGGAGGUGUUUAAGCAGGAGGUGGAUGCCCAUCUGUUGGUGAUGCUGCAAUCGCAUCCCGCUUUACAGAUCCUGCACUCUGUGACCCCCAAGGUCCCCCUCCUUCCAGUUCAGUGGUUCUGUGCCGCUGCUUCUAUAUUAGGAUUGCAAGUUGUUGAGCUUCUUGGUUCUGUUUGCAAAAACCCAGACAUCAUGCCGAGUUUUUAAAAAUCCCCCCAGAUGGUAAUUUUGCCCUUGGAAUCCUGGACAUGUCCAGGAAAAUCCAGACAUAUGGCAACCCUGUUCUGUAUGUCAUGACAAGAAAGUUGUAAUGUCAAUGUACACCCUCCAUUCACAGCUGGCAUGAGUUGUGUAUCUGUUCUGGUGGAUCCGUACACAAGGGACAAAUGUAAAGUGAGAAGCAGCCCUGAGCUGGAUUCUGCUGCUAACUGUCUUGGGUCAUUCGCAGGUCACUGUGUUUCGCUAUGGAACUGUGAUCUCGACCCACCACAGUCAUUUACCCGGGGAUGAAAAAUAGGUGAGUUGAGGACCCUUGGUCUUCCCAGAGUCCUCUGAACUACUUCACCUGGCACCCCCCUGCCUCCAAGGAACAUGGCAAUAAAUCCGAUGAUGAAGGGAGUUCAUGGGACACUUAUCUCAGAAUAACACGUCAUGCAAACAGGCUCUCAGAGGACCGACCACCUUUGCUGCCGAGGGGUGGGAAGGAGAUGUAAACGUGUGUGUGUGUUGAACUGUCCACAUCUGCUCUGCAUUCUGGUUAAAUUCAGUUCUUCUAAGCUCAUGGUGGUCUGUUUCUGCUUCUUGCCAACAUUUGAACUAAUUCUUUGUUACUUAAAUCCUGCCUCUUAGCGGAUGCCUUUAAAAGUUUGAUCCCUAUAUGGCUUCCCAGCUUAACUCUUUAAUGUUAAUCUCUUCCUCCCUUACCCCACUCCUCUUCUUCAGAUGGUGAAAUUGUUCUUUAUCACUACGGGCUGAAGGAUUUGGUCACAAUCCUCUUCUACAUCUUCAUAGCAAUAAUUCUGCAUGCUGUGGUGCAAGAGUAUGCCUUGGACGUAAGUCUUGCUUUUCAUACAAGCUAGCCAGUACCUACACCGCUCCCUUGUGCUGUGGGCUGUAGAACAUUUCAAAUUUACAGUUGCUUUUUACUGUGGCCCCAUGGCUCCAGGAAAGUAUUUAGUCCCGUUUUCUAGAAGGUGAAAUGGACUUGAAGAGGAAUGUUACACUUUGUUUCUCAUUCAGCUUUUACCAAACUGUGGGACUGAAGAAUGUGAACUUUCUUAACUCUUGUGUCAUUGUGACAACUAUAACUUCCCUCUCUUAACUUAACUUUCUUUCUUUCUUUCUUUCUUUCUUUCUUUCUUUCUUUCUUUUUUCUUUCCUGGCUGGAACAAGUCAGCUGCCUUCUCAGGACUGCUUCUGCUUGUUCCUGAGGUUGGGUGAGAUUUUCUUUUCUUUUCAGUGUUCUCCUUUUGGGGGUCCCUCUGACGUCUUCAGGCUUUUGUGGCGUUGCUCUCUCCUUCUUCCCUCGCUGGGCCUUGUCUCGUUUUGCAUUUUAGGGUGGACUGACUGCACCCGCAAAAAAUGGCUGCUGGUUAUUAAGCCAAGUCAAAACUUCUGGUGGGCCCUUUUUUGGUAUCCUCUGAUCACCUGAUUUGAACUUUCCAGGGCUGGCAUAGUGACUUGCCAAAAAGAAGCUUUGAGCUACUGUGUUUUGAGGACGUAGGAUGCUUUGGUUUUUUCUUCCCUUCUUUCUGAAUUUUUGUUUUCUUCUAGAAAAUCAACCGAAGGCUCCACCUUUCCAAGAUCAAGCACAGCAAGUUCAAUGAGUCUGGGCAGCUGGUAGCAUUUCAUAUUGCCUCCAUGGCCUGGUGCUUAUAUGUACUGGCAACGGUAAGCUUCCUUUAGAAAGACUGGAUGUGAAUUUAUACAUGGGGUGCAGCUUGCUUUCUCUGCUCUUCCCCUUUGCGCACAUGUGAUCACAUUACGGGGAGUGGCCAGAUAGGAUCACCUUAUUCUAAGCACCUCUUAAUUCAGGAUGUGGGUCUGCUGGUAGGACUUAGAGGGAAUGGUUCAAACUCUCCCGACAUACACUGCUGACUUCGAAAAGUGUAUUGAUGUCCACUUGCUAUUCAGGUCACAUUCUGAACCCAAAGUGGGAAUUGUAUGACAUACCAAAACAAGUAUUUUGGUAUAGAAAUUCAAAAUCUGGCUCUGUGAUGGACCUCAGACAGUUUUAAAUCUGCAUGCGUGCAAUUUUUUAAAAUUAAAAAAUGGGCCACAUCUCAGGUUUUAUUGUUAGUAUAUAAAAAAAUGAACAGUUUAGGACCAGAUUACAUGAAGAACCACCUUGCUCACUCAAACAUUUUGAUCUGCAGAACCUGGACAUGCCAUAUGCUGGUUCAUUCUGUAUCUGUGGGGAGUCUAUAUUUCAGUGUGGCAGCACCUCUGCUUUGAAUCUCCCUUUUCCCCCCCUUGGAACUUACAGUUAGGCAGGUAAACUCGCAGUACUAUUUUAGAUGCCUGUUAAAAACUUUCCUCUUUCUACAAGAACUAUCCGGACAUAUAACUUCAUACGUACUUUACAAUUUGAAUUUGUAUAUCAUUGAUGAUUAUUCUGUACAUUGAUUUUCUAAGCAGUUGAUACAUUUUCCCUACCAAUCCCUUUUGCACCUUGAACACAAAGGAGCGCAAAUUUUCUAAAAUGAAUCUGGGGUUUCUGGUUACUUUCUGCAGUCAGACCAGAUACCGCAGUGGGCUUUUCUGAUAUGCAGGCUCCCCAGGUGGUGUUGGCCUACAACUCCCAUCAUCCCUAGCUAGCAGGACCAGUGGUCAGGGAUGAUGGGAGUUGUAGGCCAACAACAUCUGGGGUCCCAAGGUCGAGAAAGGCUGUCCUAGAGAAUGGCUUCCGGGUUGUUUUGUCCCAAGGCAGACUUCUCCUACUGUGGUGUCAUUUCUUUCAGCAAUGCAGUCGGAGAGGCCACCAUUAUUAAUCGCACGGGAUCCUCAUUUGACCCUGCUUCUUGAGCUUCCUGUUACAGUUGACUUCUGUAUGGCAGAUAUCUUAGCUUCAAGACUAACCUCCACUAACCACAAAAGGCCCAAUUCUGAAUUACUUCCUUCCGUGGCCAUUGUGACAAGUCCAUGCGACCUUGUUCCUUAAGGAAGUCUCCUUGAGUGGUGCUGCCUGCAGCAGCCGUCAGACUACUAGCUGCUGCCAUUUCCUGUUGCCACGCGUCUCCCCAUGGGUCCAUUGCCACACGGGUUGUGGCACGGAUCAGAGGACAAGCACUCGGCUUGCAUCACUGAGUACAGCCAGUGCUUUUGGUCUUCUCAGAUACAUGGCCUGCCACUGCCUCCUAGGAUGGGAAAAUAACAAAUGCCAGCACGCUUGCUGGAACUCCAGUUGCAUCAUAACCAUACCAGUUAUGGCUUUUACAUUGAAUGACUUUGGUAGAGGUACUGGGCUGGGCUCAUCUUGAAAUGUGUGGGAAAUUGAUCACAGUGUUGCUGGUUUAAAUCUAUUUGCAAAUGGCACUGGGGGGGGGGUAGAUACUUCCCUGCAGGUGAGCUCUGGAGCUGGAAGCAUGGCAAGAAGCUUGCUAAUUGGCUAAUUUUCGCUGGCAAUAUCGUGACUGCCUCAUGGUUGUCUCAUGAUCUAUGAUUUGCUGUGAUCUGCUCAGGUAUAAAGACCUCUGGAUUUCUAUCAAUCGGGGUCCCAGUUCCUUUUGGAAGAGAUUCCAAACUGGGUCCUUAUUGCCUGGCAAUCAACUUCACCUUCUUAUUCUCCAUUGCUGCGUCUGCCUGAUCCUUAUUAACGCCAAGCGAGUACCUGCUUACGUUUACGUGCUUCAUACCAGUUAUGGCUUUUACAUUGAAUGACUUUGGUAGAGGUACUGGGCUGGUCUCAUCUUGAAAUGUGUGGGAAAUUGAUUGCAGUGUUGCUGGUUUAAAUCUAUUUGCAAAUGGCACUUUUGAGGGGGGGGCAGAUACUUCCCUGCAGCUGAGCUCUGGAGGGACCUUCAGAAGGAGAGGUGGGGGUGAAGUGGGGACCUGGUCCCAUUUCUCAAACCUUCUCUUCAGCCCAUCUGCCUUGAGAAAGAACCAGCAGGAUGGCUUUUAUCUAAGAGGCUUUGUCAGCCAAGCUUCCCUCCCUCCCCAUCACACCCCUUUAUGCCCAGAUUGCUUAAGCAGGGCCUCUUGUCUCCUGAGUAAACAUCUAAAGCUGUUUCUGUGCCAGCGCUGAUGAUGCCUGGCUGAAGGAGGCUUCUCUGAGCCCUGAAACUCUGUGAGUUUUGCCCAGCAGCCACUUCCGUCCUCUGCAGCUGUUUUACGGUUUCAUUCUGCAUCUGGUUUUCAGAUUCUGAACUUUGAGUGUUGGGAUUUCCAUUUGUGUGUGUAUUGGAGGGGGGGUGUAUUUCCUGUUUCAGUACCCUGGUCUCAAACCCUUGGUGAGUUAGGGACUUCCCCUGCAUGCAAAGUCAGGCUGUGGCAGAUUGAGCAGACGAGACCCAGAGUAGGUCGAGCGGUCAAGAAGGCAGCUUCCACACAUGCUGCUUGCAGAAGGAAAUGAGGGACAGAUGGGGUUCAUCAGCCUGGGAAGGUUGCCUGUCUAGGAGGAAGAAAAACACUGAAACCUCUACUGCCUUGCAGGAUAUCUUCAGGAGAAGAAAAGGCAAAGGGGUAAAAACCCUACACAAAUCUGGAGUGGAGUCCCUAAGAUGGUGACUUGGCAACUCCUGCAGCCAAGCUGGGGUUCCAAACGCAUUGCUCUGCUUUCCUUUGGACCACAUCACAGGGACCAAGAGGGGAGUCAUGUUAUCUGGACAGCCCAAGACCUCCAGACACACUGCCAAGACUUGAGCCCCAGGGAGGUCACUUUGGUGUUGCUAACACAGUGGUUUGACUUCGUCCCCAGACGCCACUCCAUUGUCCCUCAAGACAGACAGAGGCCAACAACCAACCCCACUCAUCUGCAACUGCUGUUGCUGAAAAACAAGGGUGCACAACCUGUGGCCCUCCAUUUGUUGCUGAACUCUGCAUCCCAUCAGCCCCUGCCAGCCUGGCCAGGUAGUCUGCGCAUUGUAGUCCAACAACAUCUGGAGGGCCGCAGGUUCCCCACCCUUGUCGUAGAAAGAACUUCCCCAUCGUUUGCUUAUUGUAUAAAGAAAAGGUGUCUAUAUUUCGCAGAGUCUUCCGCAAUAGCUUGGAGUUGUCACCUAGACAUAUCAACUUUAGCAGAGGCAAUGGGGACUUGGACAGCUGUUGUUUAGCCAGACUUCGCUGCUAACUCACCUUUCUUCUCCACUCCCUCUCUUACUUUGUGUGUCUUCCUUCAUUUCAGGAAGGAUACUUAUCAAACCCCAAGAGUCUGUGGGAGAACUACCCUCAUGUUCAUCUCCCGUAAGUAGCCACAGAGUACAACCACUUCCUUCCUUGUUGGUUUAUCUGAGGUCAGGAGUGAGUGAUGACAGGAAUAAGGGUGAAUUGAGUUCUUCAGUUGCAUCUUCAAACCGGCCAGAAGUGAUCUUGCAGCCCCCUCCUGUGUGCAAUGCUGAUAUUGCACGCUUAAUCCUUGUCCUUAAGAACCUGAGGCGGCUCCUACCAAAGACGUCUCUGCUCCAGGACCUUGUUCUCACAGUGGCCAACCAGAUGUCCCAGUGGGCAAGCAGGACAUGAGCUUGUGAGCCUUCUCUUCUCCUGCGCUGGAAUCCCCAGCAAUUUGUAUUCAGAGACAUAGGGUCUCUGCCACUGGAGGCAAGACAUAGCCAUCAGGACCGGUAGCCUUUCCUCCACAAAAUGAUCUCGUCUCCUUCUAGAGUUCUCCAAGGGACCAACAAGCACUAUGACUUGUGGUAGUGAAUUCUGUUGUUAGACUUAAAGGCAACCAUUUUAUUCCAGGGAAUGGGGCAACUUCACUUUUCUUGUAGGAGUGUCUUCUGCCUCCAAACUGUCUGUGGGCAAUAAUUCUGCUUCAUAAAUGGUCUUGCUCCCCAUGAGGCCAACUCUUGCGGCUGCUUCCCUUUCCAAGGAAAAGGAAACCGUCUGCCAAUAGGUGUUCGGAGGGGCAGUCUACAGCAGGGGAAGAACGGACUGCGCAUUGUCCUGGGCGCUUCUUAAAGGUUUGUGUCCCAACCACAGGAAGUUCGUUCCCAAGUAAUCCAGACAGCAGCCUUAGCACACUUCAGGUCCGUUUUUCUGCUCUUGUGUCUGUUCACAAAUCCUGAUCUUGAUACUUCUCUCAGGAAUGUUGGAGUCAAGCACAGCUCCAGUUUCCACAGAGAGAAGUACUCCUUAGAUUCUCUCUGAUGUAUCGGUUGUGUCCCUGAAGGCUUUUUCCCCUCCAGUAUUAAUAAUGUCAUGUCAUCUCAAGAAGGGUGUUUUAUGAAAAGAGCUCUGAAAGGUUCGACCCAGCCAGAUAAAAAAGAUUGUGUUGAUUCUACACUCGUAUGGAGUUCCUUUUGCAUUCUGAGAAAUUGUGUCUGGUUCUUGAACUAAAAUCCCAUAUUACAUUUUAUUUUCCUUACAUUUUAUAUCUCACCUUUCUCCUGUCGUGGAACCGAAGGUGCCAAGCUGUGGUCACCCCUAGAUCAGGUGCUUUCAGACCACACCCUGACCACUGUAGGAAUGUAGGGAAAAUGAUGACAUUUCCUUUAACAGUGAUUUAAGUGUACACAUAAUGGCAUGAUUGAUGGGUCUGUUUGAGAUACUGGUGUGUGUUAAGCAUGCUGAGAAUUUUCAAGAGGCCCACAUUCCUCCCCGCUCCCCCGCCCAGCAUGAGCUACAAUUCCUAGAGUUCUGGGAGUUGUAGUUCUCAAAAGGGAACAGGAGUUCCCUAACAACACUCGGCUCCAUUAACAAAACUACAUGUCCCUAGAUUAUUUGGGGAAAGCGAUGACUGUUUAUAGUGGCAUGAUACUGCUUUAAGUGUAUUGUGCAGAUGGGGCCUCACUUCCUUUAUCGCUCACCAUGGGUGACAUCCAAUCUUACCCUGCGCUUAAAUGUAAUUUGGGCAGGUGAUGAAGGAAUUGAAACGAUAAAUUUACAAUUUUGCUCUCAACUCUGGUAUUCAUACUUUUUCAAGGCAAUUCCACUAGAGAUUUAUAAAUUGGCUUUUGGUUAGUUUUGCUUGCCUCGGUUUAAGUAUGCAGUUUUUUAAAAAAACAAAAUUAUUCCGUAUCCUGAGAACAUUUCAGUGUUACUGUAAAGCAGAGCAUCUUAACAGGCAUAAAAGUUACGCCAGAGACCCUCACAGCUGGUAUUAGAAACAAGCUGCUCCUGAUUCCACAAGGCCUCUCUUCUGCUAGGCUGUGCAGGUAUUCUGGAACUCUUUUGUCUCAUCAGCCUCAGUCCUAAAUCCUAUCAAUAUCCUUUUUUUUUUUUUAAAUGAUAUUUAUUAAAGUUUCAGAAAAGAUUACAAAAAUAAGAAAAAGGAAAAAAAGAAAAGAAAAAAAUACAAAAUACAGAAAAAUAAAAACACUUAAAAACAAAUCAAUCUUUCCAUGUCUUGUCUUUCGUUUACUUGUUUCCCUGACCUCACACCUCCCUUUUUUGUAUUCCAGUUCAAUUAGUUAAUUCAGCAAAUCCUUUCCCUCUUUGUUUUUAUCUUAAUCCUUUAACUUAAUAUAUUAUAACUUUAGAUUCUCACCUGUUAACAAUCCAUUUUUACAUACUCCUUUGAAACAUUGCUACUAAAACUACUUAACUUCAUUCCGACAUCAUUCUAACAUUCAUUAAUUUUGCAGUAUUUCUGUAAAUAGUCUUUAAAUUUCUUCCAAUCUUCUUCCACCGACUCUUCUCCCUGGUCUCGGAUUCUGCCAGUCAUUUCCGCCAGUUCCAUGUAGUCCAUCACCUUCAUCUGCCAUUCUUCCAGGGUGGGUAAAUCUUGUGUCUUCCAGUACUUUGCAAUAAGUAUUCUUGCUGCUGUUGUAGCAUACAUAAAGAAAGUUCUAUCCUUCUUUGGCACCAAUUGGCCAACCAUGCCCAGGAGAAAGGCCUCUGGUUUCUUCAGAAAGGUAUAUUUAAAUACCUUUUUCAUUUCAUUAUAGAUCAUCUCCCAGAAAGCCUUAAUCCUUGGGCACGUCCACCAAAGGUGAAAGAAUGUACCUUCAGUUUCUUUACAUUUCCAACAUUUAUUAUCGGGCAAUCCUAUCAAUAUCCUUGGCUGCCCCGUGGGUCCUAAAUAAAUAUUGUUUGGAUACCUUGUGUAGUUUUUCCAUAGUCUAUGUGUCAAUGAUACAUCUGAUUCCUGAGUUGUCGUCACUGAGCAUGAAUUAUAAGCAAGUCAGGCUUCCGCUCAUGUUAUCAUCCCUCUAGCGGUGCCUCUCAGCAGUUCACGACAGCUGCAAAGCACCACUUUGGCAAACUCACAUCUCUGCCUGGGACCCAGCACAGAGAUAGGAUGUGGCCAUCUGCUUCCUCGCCUGCCAGAGCGCACCAGAUUAGCAGAAGUGAUUCAUUUCCCUUUCUCCCCCUUCGUCACAACAAAUUUGCAGCAGCAAUUGCCAAGGGUCAAUGGCCAGCUUUCAUCCACUAAGGCAGUCUCAGGAAUCCUCCAUUUCCGAAACGUCUGUGCCGUUAAGCUUCAAAAGGAGGACCUCACAGUCAGGAGGGAGAAUGGCAAAAAAUGUUUUGCUUCAUGUGGAUGCUUAAGAAAUGCACUUCUUCUUUUUAAACAUUAGGUUCCAGGUCAAGUUUUUCUACCUUUGCCAGCUGUCCUACUGGCUGCAUUCACUGCCUGAACUAUAUUUCCAAAAGGUGCGGAAGGUGAGUACCAUCAUCCUAACUAACUUCCUCUUAGGGUUCUUAGGAGGCCAAUGGGGUGGGUGAGUGUUGUGCUGAUGAGGCCACAAAAGCUACAAGCCUGCAUUUUUUAAGCCAGUGGGUGAGCGAGAGAGAUCAGUCCCUCCUCUGCCAACCCACUCACGUGUCCGCAUGAGAUUCCAUUCACCCAUAGUUACCAGCAGAGUUGUUAAAUCCAAAGCGAAAUAAAUAAGUUUUUUUUAUAUACAAAAAAAAAUUGAAUGAAUGUUUAAAAUAAUAUUAAACUGACAAAGAAGUUUCCAAGUUGAUGCUUUUUCUUAAGUCCAAGGAAAGCCAGGGUACAUUUUCACAGUUGUAGAAAAUACUUUGAAAAGCACUUUUCCUGCUCUCCUACCUGGGUUCUAGUGGUGUGUGAAAGACACCCUCCCACUAACAUAUUUGAAUUUCUUCAUGGAAGCCUUGUGGAAAGUGCAGCAGUGUGUUGUACUGGCAUGCGGAUUUCUUUGAUGCAAGAUGCACCAAGGCCCUGCGUUUGACUGCACCUGCUCUACUUCGUCUGUGUUAGAUGCAGCCAGUCAUUGCCUCUUAUGAUGCACAUUGGCUUCUUAUGGUCUUCCCUUUCUUUGCAGGAAGAGAUUCCUCGUCAGCUGCAAUAUAUCAGCCUCUAUCUAGUUCAUAUAUCUGGAGCAUACCUCUUGAAGUAAGUGUUGUGGGUCCCACCGUCUUCAACAUGGCAAUGUUGCACACCUGCUUUCUCUUCAGGUUAAAAGGAACUCCUAAUAAAUAGUUCCAGCGUUUUUCUGUCUGCAGCUCCAAAGCUGUAUAAUUUGCUUCGGUUUUAAAUUAAACUUUACAAGAAAGCAGGCUUGGUUUCCAGUCUUCUAAGAGGACCUGCCUAAGCCCUUUGUUUAUUAAUUUUUGGUAUAAUAUAUUGUUGUUUGUUGUAUGAUUAUGUUGCAAACAUAGUGGGUCCAACGGUCAAGAAGGCUGUUUCUGCACGUGCUGUAGAGGGAAGUGAGGGGCAGAUGGGGCUGGCCAACCUGGGAAGGCAGCCCAUCUCGGGGAAGGAAAAGUGGUCCUAAACUUCCACCGCUUUGUGGGAUAUAUUUGGGAGAAGAAAAGGCAAAUCUGGAGUGGAGCCCUAAGACAGUUGGGUGGUGGCUUGUAUGCCUUCUUCGGGCAACUCCUGCAGCCAAGCUGGUGCCCAACUAUUGCUCUGCUUUCCUUUGGGCCGCCUCAGCAAGGCCCAGAAGGGGGUCUUGUCAUCUGGGCACCCCAGGACCUCCAUACGUACUGCUCAGGCUUGCAGCCCAGGGAGGUCCCUUGGGUGCUGCUAACACAGCCAUUUGACUUCAUCCCCAGAGGGAUUGCCUCUCCAUUGCCUCUCGAGAUAGACAGAGGCCAACAAUGUUGUAAACCGCCUUGUGAUAGUAGACAUUCUUAAAGGCAGGUUAGAAAUCUGUUGAAUAAAAUAAAUAAAGGAAUAGAUAAAGUCAGACAAUUGUCAGACCCAAGGCCUGUUCCACGCCCAAAACAGCACUGCCAUCAGAGAAGAGGCCAAGAGGUUGGGUGCUGCACUCAAAAUUCCCACUGACUGUAUUAUGCUGGUCAUGCUUUUUAAAAGGGAUGCUUAACACGGCUAUUUUUGCAGUAAACAGCACCUUCUGGGGCAAAAAAAACAGCUGUAGGAGAUUUAGCAUGGGGACGUGGUGUGGGGGGGUCCAUUUGGGUAGGAAGUAUGGCAUUGGAUCAGGGUCCUAGACAACUGCUUUUUCUUCACAAUGAUUGUAACGGUGUUAAAACACACUUCUUUUUUUAAGCAUGUUUGCCCCAAAGUCUCUAGGCUUUGAGCAGGAGGUAGAGGAAUUGAUUUCCUACAGCAAAGCCCAUGGCCUCCUCCCAAGACUAGCCCAGUGAUUUAAACGUAGCAAAUGUCUUCCCGCAGAGAUUCAUCAAGUAUCCUCACUGCUGACUUCCAGGCAUCUCUUGAAGACCUCUUUACGUUCAAAGGCCUAUUCGGUUGUUUUCAUUUUUUCAGGAUGAGCCAGUCAUUUUUACGAUUACUCUGCAUAGUUUUUAUGGUAUCUUAAGGUUCAUUGUACCUGCAUAUGUUGUUCUGCACCACCUUGAUACUUUAUAUGUGAGAUUUUGCUUGGUUUAUAAAUUGCACAAUUGGUGUUCCUGUCACAUAAAAUUGGGAGGCCUGGCUGAAAGCCCAACAAAACUCAGCGUUGGUCUUUGAAAGGAGUGGGGUGAGGUGGAAUCAAAGUUGAUUUGCCUGAUAGUUUCCAUGAUCGCAGCACAGCCUUUUAACUCAUAGAUCUAUAGAGUCAGAAGGGACCCUGAGGGGAAUCUUGGGGUAAAAUGCUAGGGAAAGGGAGGAGGAGGCUCAAAAGGUGUUCAUCCCUUCUGCCGCAAUCACCAUUGUCCUUCCCUUUCUCCAGCCUCACACGCCUGGGACUCAUCCUGUUGCUGCUGCAGUACGUAGCUGAAUUCCUUUUCCAUAUGGCUCGCCUGUUCUACUUCACAGAUGAAAACAACGAGAAGCUGUAAGUGCUCUUCUGUGUGGGUGAAGCAUGACUUUCCUUUCAGCCUCUGAGGCUCACUAGCAAAUGUCUGGGGAAUUCUAAGACUAGAUGCUCCUUUCCAGUAUCAUCUCCUGUUAUACUCUAGAUGUGAAUUAGAAAGAAAGAAAGAAAGAAAGAAAGAAAGAAAGAAAGAAAGAAAGAAAGACUUCUAACAUAAUUGCUGAGUAACGUCUACUGAUGGGACUCACUAGUUGAAUCACACCCAAUAGGUGGCAUUCAGCCCUAUUCAGAGUAGACCCAUUGAAAUUAAGAGUGAUGACUACCAUAGUUUUGUUAAUUUCAAUAGGUUACUCUGAAUAGGACAUAGUUGACUACAGCUCAGUGUAGUGUUUUGUGGGUGCACCACUUAAAUAACUUGCACACUGCAUUUCUUCUGAAUCGCUACUACUGCCUCUUGACAGUCUUUGACAGCUCCUGUACAUUAUUAAAAAUGCCCACCUAAGAGGCAUGGCAAGUAUCCCUCUUUUGAAAUGUCGAAUGGUCUCCUGUUUAAUUCCACAAGGUUUAAUGCUUGGGCAGUGGUGUUCGUCGUUUCCCGGCUCUUCACCCUCACCCUAUCCGUUCUGGUCAUUGGCUUUGGGCUGGCUCGAGUGGAGAACCAGGCGUUUGACCCCGAGAAAGGAAACUUCAACACUUUACUUUUCAGGUAAGGCUCGGGCGCAUUUUGUUUCUGGGAGGUGAGCAAAGGAAAGCCCAAAGUCAGGGAUGCUGGGUGAGUUCAGGGCUCCAUCUAUUUAGGCCUGGUGCAGAAGUAAUGCAUGGGAGCAGUACAGUUCCCUCCCAGUCAGUCCAGCUCCCAUCUCUUUCCCACGGCAUAAAGUACAGGAUUUGUGUCCUCCCUUUCCCCUGCGGGUUUUAAACACGGUUAAGUGUUAAAUUGGCACCAGCGUUGACUGCAGUGGGCACCUGUUAGAAAUCCCCCUUAACUAGUACUUGACUGUGCCCUGUAGCCACAAGAGAGAUGCCAUGGGUUUGUUUAGAAUAUACAGUGGUACCUUCAGUUGCGAACAGGAUCCGUUCCGGAGGUCUGGCCGUAUCCCGAAGUUUUCGCUACCAGAAGUGCCGCUUCUGCGCAUCCGUGCGUGGCAGUAGACUGCUUGUGCACAUGCAUGCCUGGCAAAACAGUUCCGGGUUUGCUGGUAACAUAACCUGAAGUUUACGUUACCAGAGGGUAACAUAAUGCCUAAAUGGGGCUCCAGUCCCAGUCUAGCUGAAGUGUUCUCAGGGUAAAGGUAAAGGGACCCCUGCCCGUUAGGUCCGGUCACGAACAACUCUGGGGUUGCAGCGCUCAUCUCGCUUUACUGGCCGAGGGAGCCGGCGUACAGCUUCUGGGUCAUGUGGCCAACAUGACUAAGCCGCUUCUGGCGAACCAGAGCAGCGCACGGAAACGCUGUUUACCUUCCCUAUUUAUCUACUUGCACUUUGACGUGCUUUUGAACUGCUAGGUUGGCAGGAGCAGGGACCGAGCAACGGUCGUGGGGAUUCGAACUGCCGACCUUCUGAUCGGCAAGUCCUAGGCUUUGCGGUUUAGACCACAGUGCCACCCGCAUCCCUUGUUCUGAGGGUAAACGAGCACAAAUAGCUUCAUUUCUCCCUGGAAAUGAGUCCUCUGAAUGAAGCUGUCCACUGUUAUCUUCAAGAUUUUUUUCAUACAGCGCCAUGUGAGAUCUGGCUGUGGAUCAAAGCAAAAUGCGCAUGCCCACCAGCCCAAGAUGGGCAGUGGCAGAGUUGAUAACUCAGGUGUGCCAGCCCUCAGUCUAGGUUUCCCCGGGGCUUUCGAUAUGGAAAGGCAGCCUCUUUCACUCCCCGGGGCGCCCCUUUGAAGCCGGCUGGCUCCUUGCUCAGUCACAGCCUGCCUUCCCUUGCUUGCUUCCCCCAGGAUGUGCGUCCUGCUUCUGGUGUGCUUCUCACAGGCCUGGAUGAUGUGGCGCUUCAUCCACUUCCAGCUGCGGCGCUGGCGGGAGUACUGGAAUGAGCAGAGCACUAGGAAAAAAGCCGCUGCGGCUGCGGCCGCCACCCAUGGCAAGCAGCAGCUGAAGACCAUCAAAAGGGAGUCGGGUGAGCAUCCUGCUGGGGCAUCACACCCGUGUCUGGUUUGAGCUCUGAGCGCUGUGUGGGAGAGCGUGUGCACUGCAUCCCCUCAGAAAGGCUGCCUGCCUGGAACCUGCAGAGGGGCUUCCGCUCAGCGCAGGCAGUACUGAGCGAGAGGGAGCAGGGGCCCUACUUGGUGUGAGAGGCAGCUUGCGAUGUGCCUUCGCUCUAGUGUGUAGCUGACUGUGUGGUCAGAUUAAUCCGUUUCUUAAAACGUGUAUAUUGUUCACCUGGGAGGAAAAGAUUAAUUGGGCAGCAGAUUUGAAAAUAUAUAAUUCAAAAUACUCAUCAAGAACGAAAAGAAGCAGGUGUAUUUAUUUAUUUAUUUAUUUAUUUAUUUAUUUAUUUAUUAUUAAUACCCCGCCCAUCUGGCUGAGUUUCGCCCACUCUGGGCGACUUCCAAUCAAGUGUUAAAAACAAAACGGCAUUAAAUAUUAAAAACUUUCCUAAACAGGACUGCCUUCAGAUGUCUUUUAAAGAUAAGAUAGCUGCUUAUUUCCUUGACAUCUGACAGGAGGGUGUUCCACAGGGCGGGUGCCACUACUGAGAAGGCCUCUGUCUGGUUCCCUGUAACCUCACUUCUCACAAUGAGGGAACCGCCAGAAGGCCCUCAGCGCCGGAUCUCAGUGUCCGGGCUGAACAAUGGGGGUGGAGACGCUCCUUCAGGUAUACUGGACCGAGGCCGUUUAGGGAUUUAAAGGUCAGCACCAACACUUUCACUUGUGCUCGGAAACGUACUGGGAGCCAAUGUAGGUCUUUUAGGACCGGUGUUAUGUGGUCUUGGCAGCCACUCCCAGUCACCAGUCUAGCUGCCGCAUUCUGGAUUAAUUGCAGUUUCUGGGUCACCUUCAAAGGUAGCCCCACGUAGAGUAUAUUGCAGUAGUCCAAGCGGGAAAUAACUAGAGCAUGCACCACUCUGGCAAGACAGUCUGCAGGCAGGUAGGGUCUUAGCCUGCGUACCAGAUGGAGCUGGCCCUGGACACAGAAUUAACCUUCAUCUUCUGUGUUAAAACGAAUGUGGGAGACGCCUCUUCUAAGCUAAUAACCUGCUGCUGUGACACAUGUGGUUUGUUCUUUUAUAUGCCAAAUAUAUGCAGAUCUGGUUAAUUUGUUAAGAUAUAUAUGAAGAAGUGACUAGGGUUGUUUUAAUUGGGCAACUGUUCUCGUUUAGUAGACAAUCGUGGCUUUUUCUGGUCUGUGCGAUGAGCUCUGCUGAAACAGGCCGGACUUGGCUAGGUCCCAAGCAGCUGCUGCAGCUAGAACACACAUAUUUUGGGGGGGGGAGGAUUAGUGGCCCAGAGACACCUAUUGGUUCCCUUGCAGCUCCCCCCCCCCCCCAGUCUCACCCAGUCACUCCCUGGGGUCUAACAGGCAAGAUAAUAGUCUUUGGUUCACAUGAUGCUGCCCAAGCAAUUUUUUUUGGCACUGCAAAUUUCCAGGAUAGGUGAAUGCGUGAGAGCCAUACUGCUGGAUCUUUGGAGGGACGGCAGAAUAUGACCAGUUAAGCCAACGACAUCAUAGGAUAAGUCUGCCAGAAGCCUCAGCUAUGUUUCCUGUAGAGCAGUUCUGCUCAUUACCACCAAACCCCAUACUUGUGGCUUCGGAAAGCCUCAGGGGACAAUGUGAACUCUCAGAGUUAGCUGAGGGGGUGGCGGGCACUGCCUUCACCCUAAAACUCUAGUACUAAAUAUAGCAUUCCAGACUCCAUUCUUUGAGUCUUUGAAAGCCUUGUACAAGCACCUAUCGAAGACUUUUCUUAAAAUACCAUUUUCCCCUUCUCCCCACACCUCAGGCUACCAUGAAAACGGAGUGGUGAAAGCAGAAAAUGGUACGUCGCCGCGGACCAAGAAAAUCAAGUCUCCCUAGAGCCAAAGCACAGUCUUCAAGGAAUCUUGGAGGAGGAAAUGGAAAAUGCGAGACUAAGGACUCUGGGAAUAAGAAGCAGCUCCUUCCCUUGUGUCUUCACGAAGCCCUGUUUCAAACGGCUUGAAUCAACGUACCACCGAAAAGCUCUUUCCCCUUCUCUCUCUGCCUCCAGACAGUUUGCAGUAACCAAAAAGCCCCUCUCCAUCCGCAGUGGAGCUUCAGAACACCAAACAAACCCCUUCCUCAGCCAGUGUAUUUUCUUAUUGCUCAUUUUAAUCUGUCCUCCAAUGUAUUCUUGCUGCUUUUGCUACACCCAGAGAUGUUUUUGUAAGCGAUUAUUCCUUGGAAGCCCAUUCCCUGACUUAGUAUCAGCCACCUCACUCUCGCCGGAUCUCGUGGUUUGGAGAGGUGGCAUCUGUAGGGCAUGAUUUGCUUCGUUGCCGGGACAAUAGAACAUUUGGGUAGUGUGUGGACCCCUUCAGACAACGCACUCUUGCACAGCGAGUUUGUGGGAAAUGGCAUUGGAGGGGGAAAUGGAGCAAACCUCUAAGGACCCUUCUCUGCCUGCAUUUCCUAAUUCUGUUACAUAUCUAGUAAUCUUAGCGGAACAUUUAGAAUGUGCCAGGCCUUCACAACAUGAUGGCGAAGUGCACAAACAUAAUUUAGUAUGUAUGUAACUUUUGGGUUGUGCUAUGCCUAUUCGCAGAGACUGAAAUUUUAGCCAGUUGCAUUCUGGAGAAGGGGACAGAUGCACGCAGUUUCUCUCCCAUACUGCUUCCUCUUAGCCGAAAAUAGAAUUUACUGCAUUCUGCUGAAACACCCAACAAAUGCUGGCCUGGCAGCUUGGUAUGUGUCAGACAUGCUUUGCAUCUCCCCAGGCCUUGAGAAUCAUCCUCAGCCGACUGUGCCUUAGUCCAGGGAGAAGAUUCACUGCUCACUGAAAUAGCAGAUCAGGGCAGACGUCUGUGGGUGGUCUGUGACCUCCUUACUUAGCAAGCGGACAGUUUCCUCGUGCCUUUGUUUCCUCUGCAGCAAGUUCCCUUCAUGAAGUGUUGGUGUAAUCUUUAUGACUGGGUCUGUCAUGUUCAAGUGGCCCACCCAUACCAACAUAGGACAGCAAUAUUAUUGCCUCUACAGCAUAUUCAGUGCACGUUUGCUCCGAAGUAAGCCUCUUGUUCUUCCCUAGCGAGUGUCUUUAGGAUGGCAACCCUAGCCUUCUGUUUUUCAGGCGUCCCUACGUUUUCACAAGUUUUGUCCAUGGGGAUCUGAACCCAUUUCCAAUCUGGCUGCUCUUUGCAGCUCCUGAGAAUGGUAUUCUUCUAAGGCUACAUAGGUUUCUUCCACACAGAAUGCUGCACAGUUCCUAACCUUUAAUACGUGGAUGUAUUAUGAAUGCGGUGAGAGGAAAUCUCUCUCAUGGGUGAAACUGCUUUCCAUCUACUGUCACCUAUUCUCAAAGCUGGUGGGGGGCACUCAGUGUACAGUCUACCUCGGGGGCCACCCUUCUCUAACUGCUACACUUCCUCUUUUUGUUGAAGUGGAACUAACGGUGAGAAGUGUAUUCUGGGAGAGGGAAUGGAUCCUUCACCCAAGAAGAACUGACAGCUUCUUUGUACUGCUGCCCUUUUUGGUUUUCAAGGAACGGUAUCCGCUGUCCUCCUUAGUGCAGUUGUGUCUGCCUCAGUCUCCAGGGUUUUGGGACUUGCCUUUGUCCCCAGUGCAACUGGAUCACCUUGCACGUGUUUUAAGAACAUAAGAGCAUCUUAUGCCCUGUAGCCCUGUGGCUCAUUGAGUCCAGCAUUCUCAACCAGGCGCCCCUGGGAAGCCUGCAAACAGGACCCGGAGCCCAGCUGCCUUUUCCAGCAAGUGCUACUUAGAAACCUCGUGCCUCAGACAAUGGGGGCUUGAAGCGUCCAUUCUCCUGUGCCAUAAAUGGUGGUGGAUGUUCCCCUGUGCCAUUCUCUGCUGCAUUCUUGAUCCCAACAGCAUUUCUUCCCGAUUUAUGCAUGCUAAGGAGGCUUCUGCAAAGGGUCGACACAGACUAGGGAGUGGCACCUUGUUCAGCAGCCCUUCACAGCGAGCGAGUGACUGGGUGGUUCUUCACGGCAUUCAAACCACCAGAUGCCUGGUUUAUUAUUUUAAAUAUCCCCCACCCCCAUGGGAUCUUUUAUAGUAACUGGUGCAAGUUUCAUUUCCAGCUUUCUAUUUUUGUGCACACAUUCUUAUCCCGUAGUGUCCUUCAGUUGAGUCGGCGUAACUUUUAACCCACCAAGCUGUGUUUUAUCUCAUGUUCCAGGACAGUAAAACAGAGGGGCAGCCAAGGCAGGGGCUUGGUUGAGCUUGCUUGGCCACCGGUUGCACAGCCCUUGGGAACGUUGCCAAGUAUGAGGAGUUGAAACACUCUUGUUCCCUUGUUCUUCCACUGUUGGCGCUACUUGGGAGCGUACCUGGAGACGUCAGUUUCCUUUUCCUCCAAAACCUGGAAUGUCCAGACUAGGGACAUUCUGAGCCGAAGCCAAACUUACCAGCGUGUGCCUGUCGCUCCUUGUUGAGUCCCAAAUAUACCUCAUCUGUAUAUUUUUUUGAAUAGGAGUGAAGGGCGAUGCUGGGUGGACGAUGGUGCUAUAAGCAGGUCAGGUGAAGUGGGCUGAGCCAACAGGACGCAGCUGUGAAGGCAGCUCUCUGUUGGUGGAGCCUAAUGGGAGUCAGGCCUGCCUUCCUUCUGCCCUCACCUUCCUUAGCAUUGUUGGACACUGUUCCAAAGAGAGACACCACUGUUUUAAGUUGGGACCUCUCCUUACUUUGUUGUGCUAGACCCCAAGCUGCUGCAGAACACCAAACAUAGCUGCCUUGACUUUGCAGCAACCGGCGCCAUAUGUCUUCCAAGGCAGCUCAGAGGAUCACUUUUAAAAGGUGCACAAAGCAGCCUGCAGCCUGCACAACCCUGCUUCCUCCUGCACAAAGUUGUCAAACCACCGUGUAGCAUAUUGCAGAACAAUACAAGUGCCUUACAUUGCCACAUAGCCUUUUUGUACCUUUCUUCUGUAUGUCUCUCCAUGUAGUGUCCCCCCCCCCCCGACAUUUGUACACCAGUUUAGCUAGUCAUAAAAGGGACAGCUUUUGCUGAACACAUUGCCUCAAUUUUCUAUGCCUUUUUUUAUACUAUAGGUAGGUGUUCCUUAGUAAGUACCUUAAUGGAAAGUGUCUCUGCUGUAUUACAGCACAAGCCUCAGUAUGCAAACAUGUACUCUUAGUUCCACAGCAGACCAGAUUCAUUUGCCUGCUUUUAAUUCUAGACAACUAGCUUUCAUUCUGAAACUUUAUGCAGAAGCUGCAAGGAAUCUCGUUCGUUUUGUUCUUGUGGUCCUUUUGUGGCGACUGAGAACAGAACUAGGUGUUAUGUAUAGUUAUGUUCUUUUGUGUGUAUGUUUUUAAUGCAAUCGCUCACUGAGGCUGCAGUUUGAAGCAGAAGCUGUGUGUGCAGGUUUCCUUAGCUCUGCCUUUUCUGAAAACCACCCUGCCCAUUCUUCCCACCCUGAAAAAGGGAAAUAAAAGGGUGCUUCUAAAGUGGGGGCCAAGUCCCAACUCUGUCUCCCGUGUUGGUGAUCUGCUUCAGAUUCCCAUCUCAGCAGCUUCAGUGCAUGUCUUUUUCAGAGCCCACCCACCCACCAAAGUGUAAUUAAACAACACCCCAAGUGCAUUUUGACCUUGAGGGAUGCCUUCAGCUAGGAAAAGGCUAUCCCAUCUAGCACUGAGCUCUUAGCUACUUGGUAACACCCCUCCUUGUCCCAUAGUUUUCCUCCCAGGCUGGACAAUAAAAAGCUCACCUAGAUUUGUGGUCCCUUGUGAGUGCUCUGACUCUGGGAGGAGGAAAUAGGGCAAUUGUUUAUCUAAUGUGAUGGUUUUUAUUAUUAUUACUUUUUGCCCAGGCGGGGAGUUAUCCUUUGUUACCUGUUUUGGGUUGAGAGAGGUAACCUCACAGUCCUUUUCCUGCCCCUCAUGUCCUAGGUAGAUCAGAAGUUGUGUAGCCAUAUAUUGCAGGUCUAGCCACAAACGUUCCAAAGCUCAGUAUAUAGAUACUUUACAGCAGGGCAUUAAAAUUUGUAUUCUUUAAAAUAGCUUAGGUUUUGCUUGUUUUUAAAGUGCCUAUCUGGUAAAGCGGUUAGGAAAACAGAAUUCCUUUUAACUCUUCUGCCCACACAAUCCUUAUGUGUUCUGUGGGCGAUUUUCGAACAAAAGGUAAAUGCUAUGUAAAACACAUCAUAGAGGUGGCAGAUGGUCAGUCUCUACUACUACAGGUAAAAAUCAGUUACCUCUAUUCCUGAUUUUGUGUCUUCCAGAAGUAUAGCCUUUAUUAUCCUGAGUGCACAACUACGUCAGAAUUGUUGCAAAGUAUACAACAGAAUAUGGUGUUGAAUGUGUACCCGUUGUGGCAGGGUGUGUGUUAAUAUUAUGGACCAAAUUUAAGUCAGGAAGCUGAAAUAAAAUGCCUGUUCUUCCAUAUUUUACAUUUCAUCUUGAUGGCUCUGGAGCGGUGGGAAGGAGAGGACUUUUUUCAGGAAUUCCUUGUCAAUUAUUUUUCCCCUUAUACCAUUGAAAACCUUAAAGUAUGUAUUAAUUUUUGUUGUUGGAACAACUUUUAUCAAAGCUAUCUGUGAAACAAUAUUUUCUGAAAUAAAAAGGCAUAGAAAGAUAUCAAGAA